AUUAAAGCAGUAAACUGUACCAUGAACUCAUGUCUACACGGGUUUACAGCACUAAAGUGUCCCCAUGAAAAAAUGCUCACACUGCUUUAGGAGCAGCUGAAUUCUUGAUCCACAGACAGACUGGAAAACUUAACAUCCAUUUUAUCAAGUUAAAUAUUCAAAAACACAAAGACAUUUAGUAUUACAGAAGUAUUAAUGCCUCCUGUCGAUCGUGUCAAACCUGCCCCUGCUAAACAAACAGUUAUUUGUCCGACCAGGGCCCGGUUUGGCGGGAAGAAGGGCGGCGUCCCCCAGAGCGGCUCCGACAUGAGCCCACAGAUUUGUCUGGCGUCCUGGUUAGCUGGGCUGAGCAAAUCCUGUUUUUAUUCCUCUCCAAAUGAGCUCUACUGGAACAGAUUGAUGGUUAAGUAGCUUGCCUGUUGAGUGGUUUAUGUUCCAUAUUCAUAUUUCUCCUCCUCCUCCAUCUACAAUCUAAUCUGACACCCUCCUGGUCACAGACCUCGUCCUCAAAUCUCUAAAUUACCAUCGCCGCAGGUUUCUUUGAAAACACGCAGCUGUUUGGGAUGAAUUAACGUGUUUGUUCCAAGAAAAGUAAUGAGCUUUUCAGGUUUGUCUCUCCGAUGUUUCCUGUGGAUUUUGUUUUGUUUGCACUUGUCAGUGAAAUGCGUCCCUGAUGUAAAAAAGCCUCGCUGUUGAAUCGGAGCGUCCCUGAGGAAAUUAAAGCAUAAUGAAAAAAUAAGGAAGGGAUUUUGAAAUGGAUGGAGUCCAGCCCCCCAAAAAUCAAAUUACUAAAAGAUCUGUCCUCCAAGAAGUCAUUUUGUUUCUGCAUAAUUUCUGCUUACAGUUUAAUUGGAAACACUUUAAGCAGGUAAUUAUGUGACUUUUAAACAACGGAAAAACAAAAACCAACGAGCCUGUCGUUUCCUGUCGUUUCCUGUUGUUGCAGCUAAAAUGUGUCAUUGAAAAUUCAGGGCGUGUAAUUAUAUGAAAAAGGCAAAACAAGGAGCGGUUAGGAGCGGUUAUUUUUACCCUAAUAUUCAGUUACCUGUCCUUGUAUUCCCGCUGUAAACAGCAGAGCAGGACACCCGCACACCGGCUGAAAGGCCGUGUUUGAUGUGGGUGACCUGCUUUUCUCUGAGCUGGAGGUUGUGAUUGUAAACUGGAGAUUCAGAGAAAGCUGGCCCACCAUGCUGGCGCUUCCACGGGCUCAAUAAUGGAGCCUGUUGGUUCCCUGCUGGUGAGUAAAGUCAGAGUUAAGCCUGAAGACAACUGGCAAGUGUUCAGCCUAGUGGAGGAUUAGAGGACGGUACAUAACUCACCACUCUAUUUCAGUUUGCCUCGCAGGUAAAGUUCCUACCUGAUGCUGUGAUGAGGAGGAGGAGGAGGAGGAGGAGGAGGAGGAUGGUGUGUUUGUGCAUCAGUCCAGCUGCAUGUACAGGCUCUGAUCUUAGGUGGUUGUCGAGGAGCUGCAGUGAUUCGUCCUCUUAGACAGAUCUGAAUCGUUUACGGGGAUCCAGACGUUUCUGCUUCCAGCCUCUGAAAUCUAAAACUAUUCAGAUUUUCUUUGGAGUCGCUGGAGUGACACAGAAACAGAUCUAAAUUAAUAAACUGCGGUUGGUAUUAACAAAAUACCACCGAAUCAGUCCAUUAACUGAAAAAGGAGAACGUUAUAUUUUCAUGGAAAUCGGCCCUAAUCUGCGUUCAGAUCUCAGUGUCUUUAAUAGGAAGAUUUUAAUCACUUUCUCCACUUGAGUUCCUAUAAUAUUAAUUUUCUUAAUGAUGUUAAACAUCCAUGAAUCAGAAGGUAGAAAUUCAGUCCUUUUUGUGAUUUAUGUGUCUUGAUUCACCGGGACUCUGUGGAUCUUCACUUCUAUCCUUGACAGGUCAGAAAACGACAGAUAUUUAGAUCUGCUUUAUGUGAAAUAAUAAAACUCAUAUAAUCCUAAUUUGGGUGGAUUAUUAACCCUGCGAGUACAGGCUCCGUUGUUGGGUUGUGCACUUGUUUCUCUCAGGUCCUUUGAGUCGACGAAUGCUCUUUCUUUUCUCUCUUUACAGGCUCAAAUGUCGGCUUUUGUCCGUCAGUCUAGACUCACGAUCACUCUAAGUGCUUUGUGCAUAAUGUCAACAUUCAACCCUUUUCCCACACUAAUGCGUCCGUCUAUAAUAGAGAACUGACUAUACAGUGAAACAAUACAAUCGGCCCUCAGUCAUCAGAACUUUAAUACUAAUGCUGUCAUGUUUAAUAAGGAUGAGAUUUCCUUUGUAACUUAUAUAAAAAGAUGUGAUACCGUCAACAUAAUUACUGUGUUUUUUUUAAGAGAAGAUAUUAUAUUUUCUUUAUAAUACCUCUUUAAUAUCUUUACAUGAUUUUCAGGUUAAAAACAGCCUCCUGUUUCUCUCUCUGGUGAAUUAAAACAUCAUUUUUUCAGCCUCGGUCUGAAACACUUUGUUUGAGCCACUGUAUCUUCUGAUUGGCCACCUCUCUGGAGGCUGGCCAAGGGCAGAGCUUAAUGUUUUGGCCCCGCCCCCUCUAUUGUGGUCAAUCAGUAGAGCAGCAGAAAAACCUAACCCUAAAAAUCAGACAUCUUUUUGUCGACUUAAAGUCCACAUUGAUGUUAUAAACCGCCGACUCGUCUUAUCAGCUGUAUUCACAGGAUUUUCUAGAAGCUUUAAAUGUUUACCCUUCAGAUUAUCGGGGUGCCGCCAAGCUGCCUCUUUCCCCAGAAACCAGCCAAAUGCUGCUGAUCCCUGAAGGCUUCGCUUGUCACUUCCUUUUAGUCAAAUUAUGUUAAAAAGUUUGAUGUGAGCUCUAAAAUUAAAUUAGCUGCAGAGAUUCUGGUUCACUGCCACCUCAGUGGAUCCACAUACAGCCCAAAACCAGCCGGCAUGAGAGCAUCUGUCUGCAAAAAAACCAACAAAAAAACAGGAAUAAACAUGAAAAAACCUGUAGAUUAAAGUCAGUCCCAGUUGGAAACACAUGGAGCUUUAUUGCCUCUGCAGUGAACGGUGCAGAGGUUGGACUGCAGCCUGUUUAGAUCCAGCUCAGCAGGAAAAGGGAGCUGAUGAAGGAUAAUUAUUUAAGUGCUCUUGACGAUCUCGCCGUCUGUGUUAAUACUUCUUUGUCCUUGCUCUCAUAGAAAGCUUGAUGAAUACACUUAGCUCCAUCUCGCAUUGAUUUCUCACAUGUAACGUCGUUCAGAGCGCUUUCUGAAUAUCUUAAUGCUUCACUCUUGUGUUGUGUCUCUUCCAGGCAGAGAGAGAAAGUGAAAAUCUCCGAGCUGUGGGUGAAGUCCAUUUGAUAUAUCAGAGUGAUCGAUAACAGUGUGCGCUCGCCCAGUUUAUCUGAUACUCUCAGGAACUAUCGGGCUUCUUGUUAAAGACACGCAGAGUUUGAGGGUCGGAUAAAAAUGAAAUAUUGAGCUUUAAAAAGGAUUCUUUAAAAUACCUCGGCAUACUCACAAUAUCGUCCUGAGAGUUACGAUCAACUUUCCAUAUUUGAGAUAAUUAUUCAGUUAAAGCGAAGCUACAAUCAGAACCAGAACUAUCUUUAUUCAGACACCGAGUCCUCAGAGCUGGACGCUAACAGACAGGAGCGUUGAUGUUAUAGACGCCAAAUGCUAAGCGUUGUUUACCCAUUUUCAGGUGAUUAGCGUUGACCGAGGGGGUUUAGCGUCUAAUCUAGCAUCAAAUCUCUAAAACCAUCAAUGUUUGUGAUGUUAUAGCAUCUUAGCUAAUGUCAUGUAUGUUUGCUUACUAAUUACUUUGAGAAAAAGAGAGAUGAAUCUGUGUCGAUGGUAGGUCACGUGUUUCUCCUCCUCUGGUUCUGGUUCUGGUUCUGAUUAGUAACAGUGAAGGGUCAGAUGGUUUGGUCUGGUUUUAGCUCUGGGAAUGUGGCGCAAAUCAUCUCCAUCUGUUUUGUUUGACAUGACAAAUUUGAGCAUGGUGUUAGUUCAGUCAGGCUUGGACUAGAGGACAUCAGCUGGUCCAACACGGGUCUAUUUUAGCAGACAGCUUCGGUGAUUGUCGAUAUUUAAAAGGGUGAUCUAGUCAAACAGCGAGAUUGUGCAUCAUAACCUGAGAUGCACUGACUCUGACUCACUCAUAUCAACAAAAAUGUGAUUUUUAAAGCCUCAUAAACUGUGAGAAAAUAAGAGUGAGGUUUUCCUCUAUAUUUGAUGUUUUUUGGACGGCUCAAUGAGGCCCUAAACUUUAAUACGUUUGUAUUUUAACUAUUUAAUUAUCCUGAUUUCCAUGUAUCUCGUUGUCAGGCGUAGCUUCAAGUUUUUAAAACAUCAUCAAAUAUCCUGAAAGUCUGAGUCUUUGUCAGUGAACGUCCAGGCCCGUGUUGUCACCCUCUACCUUUGUCCUUGGCUGAGUGAGUGUCAUGUGACCCGGCGGUCCAUGGAGGUGUAGCUGUUUAUGUGGCGGCCUGUUUCUCAGCCCUCACUGUUAACAUCAAAACAGCGAGCUGCCUGUGUCAGCAGGGGCGUAAUCAGCAACCGUAUCGCUGACUGGCAAACUCCUAUUUCCAUGUUCAACACUCAAAACAAACACGGCAAAGAGCAGAGCGCUCACCUGCAGCACACACACCGCGCCGGGCUUUUGUUUGGACGUUAAAUGCGUCUCGCUCUCGUCUCCAAAGGUUAGUGUUUUCUGGUGACAGAAACAGGCGUGGAAAGCCGAAGCUUCGUGCAAUCACAUGUUUGAUGUCAGAAACACUGCAGAGAUGCUGUUACACUUUCUUACAUCAGCCGUCCUCUCUCUUACAACUUCAUCCAAUAUUUUUAUAACGGGCGCCGGAGCUGAAAGAGGAGAUAGAGGAGGAGAGACGGGCGAGGAGAGAGCUGCAGAGCGGGUUAUGGAUCCGGCGGUAACAGAGAGAUAUCAGUGUGAGGACAGAAACAGAUCCAGCAGCAGCAGCUCUGACCUCUUCACUCUGCUGACAGCCGCUGAUGUGGGCAUGCUCGUAAAUCUUCACUUAAAGGGGUAUUACGCCGGUUUAGAGUUCCACUCUUGUAACAUUGGAGGGAAACGGCGUGCAGCCAAAAUGUAAUCCAGAACCGUUUGAUCCUGAUCCGCCAAAAUAACCGAAGAACCAUCUGAUCGUCACGGUGAGAUUAUCCUGUAGAGGGAAACCGGCUUUAGUCCGUCUGUCCUGAUGAAAUCUACACGAAGGCGUCUGAAGAGGUCGGAGGUCACCUUGUUCACCGCAGUCAGGCUGAAGACCUCCACUGAGAGGAAGUUCAUUUGUAGCCUUUCAAAAUAAAAGAUUAUAUACCAGAUGUACAUUUUUCUAAGUCGGAAAGUUUGACUUGAAGCUUUUCAAAAUAAAAGCGGUUAGACCAGGAAUUUUUCAUGUUUAUAAUGUUAAUAUGAUUGUUUAUUUUUUUUAUAUUCAUGUGUUUAACAAAGAGAAAAUAUAAAAAGGAUGACCUUUAAACAAACUGGAGCGCCUGAGUAAAAAACCUCACCUCAGGUCCUCUCAGUGGAGCUCUGCAGCCAGACCCCCCUUUUUCCAAACCCCCCCUGAAUCAAAUAAAAAAGUAGUUAAAGUAAAAUUUUCCAGAUAAGUCCAUUUUUCUAAGACUAACAAACAAACAUUUUAUGACAUUUGUUUGUCUUUGAACAGAAAUUAUGAACAUCAACUGGUUAAUUUUUUGAUAAGCAUUUGUUAUUUACUGUAUAGAUUUUUUUAAAAUAGAUUUUUGAUUACUAUAACUUUAGGGUGACCAUAUUCUGACUUCCCAAAAGAGGACGCAACUGCGUGGGGGCGGAGUCAUGGAGUCGCACAAAGUUAACUUUGAGAGUUUUCGGGUUGAAUCGAGCGUCUUUUACGCACUUCUAACUCAGGAAGUCAAUAUGACACAAAAUCGAAACUCUCGUACAAAACCGCGGACGUUUGAAGGAUUUUAUAAACUUCCCUGGACAGAGCUGGACAAACCGGGACAAACCGGGACAGCCCCCCAAAAAGAGGACAUAUCUGGGUAAAAGAGGACGUAUGGUCACCCUUAUAACUCUGCAUGAAAAGCCUCUUAACAUUAGAAGUAAAAGAAAUCAAGUUAAAAACGUCAGAUUAAUAACAGAUAAAACAGGAAAUAGUUUGUUUCUGUAUCUAUAAACUGAUGAUGGUUUUAAACUCAAACUCUCCUCAGUUUCUUCUUGUGCUGCAGGUUUUAUUUAUUCUAGUGUGUGAAUGAGGGUAAACAAGGUGAAUGUUGUUCGUAAAGUAGAAAAAGAAAAGAGAGACGGUCUCUUUCUUUACAUCUCAGACCCUCCUGGGCAUAAAUCCACGACUCUGAGAAGUUAAUAAGACUCCGCUCCCUGAAUGUCGUCAGACGGGAGAAGGUAAAUCACAUGAGAUGUGCAGACGCUGUUGCCUUUGGGUCCAUCCCGGACUCCUUUCUUCUCUCCUCGGGUACGUUUGAAAUCUCAUGUGACAUUGGCGGGAAUCUCAUUUAUCAUUUUGAAAGGUUUUCAUGACACACCGAGUCAGUGAAAGGAAUAAUCAAUGCUGCGUCUUUCAGUCAAUGUCAACAGUUGUGAAUGGAGACUAACUGACCGACUUAAUCCAGCGUUUCUGCAGAGCUCUACAUGCUGGACAUACCAAAGGCACACCGCUCAUUAUUUCACGUUUUUCUCCUUGGGAGGAAGAGACUAGAAGUGUGUUCGUGUAAACGAAGACGAUUAACCCCGAUGACCCGGCUGUAACCUCACAUGAAGCUGAAACGAAGUCGCCGUGGAUCAUUGCUUUUUCACGGUGAACUGAAGGAAGAGUCUUUUCUCGCUGUCAGGAGGAUGGUUACAAUAAUCACCCUUUUUGUUAUCUUCAUUUUGUUGUUUCACACACACACACUCACACACACACAGCCUGCGAGUGUGUUUGCGCUGAAUGACAACAGUGAUGAUUUAAUUGGCUGAGCUCCGGGGAAGAAAAAGGAUAAGUGGUGAUUAUCAGAGGAUUGAUUGUGGACAACCUGCGAGUCCUUCGCUGCUGCCGGAGAGAUUGAUCUAGGUGGAGAAACGGAGGAGUGCGUGGUCAUUAGUAUGCAGAGGAAAUAAAAUGAAAGAAAGCAGGAGGAAGUAAAUUUAACCGAAGACGACAGAGAAAACAGCCGAAUCACUGCGCUGUGUCUGUCCGCCUCUUUAUCUCAGAUUUUCUCUGUUUUAUUUUCAGUCCUGGUGAAAGAAUGUCGAUGAAAGGAUCAGAGUCUGUGAAACAAAUGAGUCCAAAUGUUGUUCUCAGAGGUCUGACAUGAUCGAGGUCAUGUUGUGGGACUGUAGCUCUGGAAUAGCUAACCUCAUACCGCUGUAAUACUCUACGACCUGGAUGUAAACAAGCACACAUGAUCAAUGAUAGAUGAAGUAUAACGGUGUAUUUUGGCAGUAAAGUGUGUGUAGAAAUACUAGGACAAAAGUACGCAGAUGGAGGAUCCAUAACCAGCACAAACAGGAAUAUGAGUCUGUAAGAAGGACUGCUAACUGGUGGUGCUAGCUCUGCUAGUGUUAGCUGCUCCAAGUGUUUUCUUCAUUCGUCCAUCUCUCUCUCCCUCUCUCCUCUCUCUCUCUCUCUCUCUCUCUCUCUCUCUCUCUCUCUCUCUCUCUCUCUCUCUCUCUCUCUCUCUCUCUCUCUCUCUCUCUCUCUCUCUCUCUCUCUCUCUCUCUCUCUCUCUCUCUCUCUUCGUCUCCGUCUACCCUCAGAUGACUGUCUCUCAUGAAUCUGGUUCUGCCCUGAGGUUUCUAGCCUGGCUGGACCAUCCAGUUGCGUGAAUCACUUGCCGUUCCUUCCCACAACAGUCUGGACUUCGGCCAAUUGGGAGCGUGUAUUCCCGAUCAGAAAAUAACCGGGCCAAUCAGUGACUGUGUUUCCACUGUUCCCCAGACAACAGGGAAAGGCAGCCCCUGAUUGGUCCAUGUGUAGAUGGUGACGUCUAACACAUGCUGCGGGACUUUUUAAAGCGCCGUUUAUUCAGAACGCCGUUAAUUCUGCAGUUGACUCUGCAAAGUCGUCAGAAAUCGUUUAGAUCCGCAGAAAAAGACGUAAAAGACAUUGUUCACUCGUACACGUUGAAAUAUUACCAAACCUUUACUUGAUGCUUGAGCCCAGCAGAACACAGUUGCUCACUGGUCACGGUGAUUGGUUACAGUAGUCUGUCUAUCAAGGAAAGUACUCCCGCCCACUUUUAGGGCUCCCAAUGGGCUGAAGUCCAGACUGUUGUGGGAAGGAACGGCAGGUGAUUCACAUGACUGGAUGGCCCAGCCGGGCUACGAGGUUUCCCCCCUAACCCCCACUUUCCACCGUCUAUAAGUCAAAUACUGACAGGUGUUCGUCACAGCAGCCGUCAGUGUGUGAAUGGAUGAAUGUGGCGAAUAACAAAAAGAGCUUUAAGACUGGAGGACGGGUUUUAGACUCACAGUCCAUUUACGAUAUUAAAGAUUUAACUGUUUUUAUGACAUUUUUCUAACUUAAACUCAAAACUUUUUCAAACUCUCUGAGAUUUCUUGAGUGAAAGUUUCAUCGUUUGAGUUUGUGAAUAAUCAGCAGAUCCAUUAACAGAUAUUCACGUUGGUUCAUGUCGUCCUGUGGAGCAGCUGUACAUCCAUCCUACCUGCAAUCAGCAGCUGAUUGGAUAUUGUUUUCAGUCACUCAUGAACCAAUCACAGCCCAUUCAUACUCUGAGGUGGUCCAUCGGAACACUCCCUCGCUCUCAGUGAUCCUUCGUCACACCAGUAAAGCUCAGACUCUGCUGCCGGCAGAGCUCUCCCUCCUCCUCCUCCUCCUCCUCCUCCUCCUCCUCCUCCUCCUCCUCCUCUCUUCGUCUUAAAUCUUGUUUUUACCUUUACGGGGAUUUCGCUGUCUGCUCCUGGGAAAGCUUUGGCACGCCACUCGGCUAAGCUAUGGAGCGUUUUAAAAGCUGAGCCUCUGAUGCAUAACGAAGCAGAACCGUGUUUCCAUUUGGUAAUUAAUGGAACAAAUUUAACGAGAAUUAUCCCAGAAUCUCAACAUUAAACCACAUCAUGCAAAUAUGGACCUGUGGUACGACCCUGUGCUCCAUUUUUACCCGUCAGAGAUAGUCCAGCAGCUCCUCCAGAAUGCUCUCACAUCUGAGCCCUCCAACUGGGAUUAUCCCCCCCCUCAGGACCAGAGUGGAGUUUUUCAGCCGGGCUUCUCAAACCGGGGUUCAGGUAUCUCCUGAACAGCCGGGCUGAAAUUAGAAAACACUUAACCAAGACUGUUGUGGUCAGGAGGGAACCCGUGGUGUGUUUGGAUUUUCAGACUCAGCAAAGACUCACAUGGAAACCUUCACCUUUAUGGUUUUCAGUCUGUUUGUUGAGAGGAAGUGUGAUAACUUCACUGCUGAUGUUGUCACCUUUCAAAAUAAGAGUCUCUUUUUUAGCUCCUGAUGUCCGUCUCUUCUUUGAUUAGACCAAAGACAGAUUGAUAAAUCAGCUGAUCAUUUAUGAGGCUGAUUAUCGGUAUUUUGACAUCCUCAGCAUCACACUAGCACACGUGGUUUCCAUCUUAAAUGACAGCAUAUUUAAUCUGAAACUGGAGUUUUCUACAUCUGUGAGGAUAUACAAAGGGCAGUUUUAUAUCAGUUAUCCUCUGAAAUUAAAAGUUUGACUCAGUUUAUUUUUCUUCUCCAUAAACUAAUCAGGACAUCAUAUAAAUUAAUGUAUAUAAGAAUAUAAUGCGCAUUAAGGUAUGUGACUAAAUGCCUUUUAAAACUCAAAUAUCGUUGAUCCUGUUUUGUGUCUUCUUGGACGAUUACAGACGACAGGAAGUUUUAUUGAGACAAAUCUUCAUAUCAUGAUUAAAAAAAUGUUCGAUCAGUUUCGUCCUCCAUUCAUAGAAGUAUUAACAGUGAUUAUAUCUGAGAGUAUUAAUGUAGCAUGUUUGUAUUUCAUCAGAAAAACAAUGAUAUAUCGGUUUUAUCGUCCUUCCUGCUCUCUGAUUAUCGGCGUUGAUUACUGAGAGGCUGAUAUCGGUCGCCUGGUAUCGCUCAGCUGAUGAUAUCUCUCCUGUUUUAGUGCAGGUUUGAUUCCAGAUUUAAAUACCUGAUUAUUGAAGAUAAGUGUGGAGGAUUCAUCAUUUUAAAGCUCAGCAGAUGUCUAAUGAUCUCGGCUCGAUUAGCCGUCUAACUGACAAUGAAGGAAACUCGGCCUGAUCAGCUGAUUUGUCUGAUUUUGCAGCCCUGACUUGAAUCCAGCUGCAGCUCAUCAUCUGGACUUGUAUUUAUAACUUUUUUUUAAAAUCACGUCUGUCUGGCGUUGGCCUGUGUGAAAUAGAAAGCUUUAGUAUCGGUCCAGCUCUGAGCUCUGACGUUUCAACACUCGGUCCAUGAGACUUCACAGCACAUCUGCCAGCUGCCCGCUCUCGUCUCCGAGACCCUGUGGAGGUUCUGAGGGAGCAGUUGGCAGGAAGAGGAGAAGAAGAAGAAGAAGAAGAAGAAGAAGAAGAAGAAGAAGAAGAAGAAGCUCCUGUUAGUGAGGAACACUGAGGCACAAUGAUAAAAACUGUUUCCAAUAAUCUUGUGGUAACAGCGGAUCUCAUUAUCGUCUUUUUUUUUUGUAGUGACAGAGAGAAUUACCGCCGCCUCUGUUUGAACACCUUUUGGAUUAUUGUCCCAGUUCUUCAGCCAUCACUGCUUUUUUAAUUUUCUCUGUUUUUACUGCUGAUUUCACUCUCAGCCCAUACAAACACUUUCCUUCCCAUGAAUUAUUCGUAGAUAAACAAAUUAAGCAGCCGGUAGGUUAAAAUAUGUGGGCUAUUUAGUGGAGUCAGCCACAUAUUUCCCUGAGGAGUCGGUGAAAACAGAAAAGACUUUUAUUAGACAGCUCACAAUGAUCGCUUACAUUGUUCCGAGUCGGCUUUAUCGACAGUCUGAGAACAACCACUUUAGCUUUAUGAGAAAGAUUUACUGAAGACCACUACACCCGUGUUUACGGGGGCCGUCCGUGUUUGGCCUCUGAUCCCAGUCCAGCAGGUUAAAUACUGAGUGUCUGCACACCGUAUUUUAUCCUCCUUAUUCUCUUCAGUCGAUAAAGUAGCUAGAAAAAAAAUCUCUUCUGCUUGUUGAUUUAUGCUCUUUGUUAUAAAUCUCACAUUUAAUCUUUUGCUGCAUAAAAGCCACAAAACUGCCGUUCAUAAAAGCUGCAAACACGAUAUUUAGACGCACAAAAUUACAAGAUCGAGACAAAACUAAAAACUGUGACAAUAAUAUCAGACUAUAACUCCUGUAACUUUCCACUGAGCAGAACUCGGUGCGUCUCUCUAUGUCACAUGUUUUUAAAUGUUUUAUAACCUUUAAUUAAAGCACAAUAAUAAUAAUAAUAACCGUCUUUCACUUUCUGUCUUUCAGAGUCGAUAAGAGCUUCUCCAGGACCAGAACCUUAUGGUGAGUCCAGAAACCUCCGUUAUUGUUCUGAUUCUCUCUCACGUUAAGAAAAAGUGUUUCUCAGAUAUUUGCAAAAGAAAUAAAAGAGGAUUAUUUUUUAUAACAGAAGCACAAUAAGAGAUGUUUUAAAGUGAAAUCCACAACACCAAAAAAAGAUGCAAAUUUAAAAUAAUGAAGCAGAAAAGUCAACAGAUUCACCAAAUCAAGUCAAUCUGGAUCCAGACGAACUUCAUCGAACAAAGUAAAUCUUGUAAUUAGACCUCUUAGAUUUUCACCUCAAAGUUAAUCUAAAAUUCUUACAAACCUCAAAGCAACAUUCAUGCAAAACUUAAAAAAAAUAAACAGCUUUUACAACCAGAAGUGAAUUACAGCCUUUUAAUUUUACAUAAGUUGACCUCCAUAGGAACACGUCUCAUUUCCAGUUGAAGAGACAUCUAGAUUUCUCCAGGACUGUAAAGAAAGUCCAGAACCAGCGAGGACCCGUCUUAUAAGUGCCGUUAAAGUUCUCAUCUCCUCUGAAUGAUUGAUCCUACGGCAGGAACCACACUCUGCAUUAGAGGCGAGCUUACUGGCUGGUUGUCGUCUGCUUAUUUUUAGCAUAAAUCAAUAUUACAUGUUUGAAGAAAGAUGGACAUCAUCAACGGUGGUGUGUUAUAAAAGCCUGUCUUUAAACAUACGUCAGCACUAACUGUAUAUAUAGAUAUAUAUUUGUAUACAUAUAUUUAAACUGUUGAUUUGAUCCUUGUUUAUAUGCAGUCAGACCUGAGGCUCUUUCCUCCAUCAGUGGAAAUCUAUAUCUGAGUACUUCUACACCGAUUUGUGUUCAGACUGAAGUCAGCCACUUGUUUCUUGAAUAUUGUCGACACAUCACAUGACACUCCGAGGAAAGGAAAGGUUAAAUGAAGGUCAAACCUGGUCGGGUUUCUAUUUUUAGAUCCCAACAGAAGCAGCAGGUCCUCCACUUUUCAGUCCUGCACAAAUGUUGUCUCCUGCGUCGAAACGUAUCUGCUCUUAUCCUCCUCGGACAUCUGUAUGAGAGAGAGAGAGAGAGAGAGAGAGAGAGAGAGAGAGAGAGAGAGAGAGAGAGAGAGAGAGAGAGAGAGAGAGAGAGCAUGCAGUCAUUUUCCCACUUGGCAGGUAGUCUGGCAGCAUGCAGAGGGAAGUGUGUGGCUGUAAAUACAGGAGAGGAGCAGAUGGAGAGAGACAGGGAGCACCAGUGUGUGUGUAUCCGACCAGCUGGUCAUGUGGGGAACAGACCUGUGAGAGUCCAAACAUGGGGGGGCACUGAGACCGCGAGAGAGAGAGAGAGAGAGAGGAGUCUAAUAUUAAAUCUGAACUCUGAGUGUUUUUAGUGUUUUCAGAUACUCACUAAUCAUGACCAGAGAUAUGUUAUCAAUAUUCUGAUCAAUACUCACUUUGGAUUGGCUGCUGCUGUUUUUUAAAUUCCUGUUUAUGGACUUCCUUCAAAGUUCAGGAAGUUCUAAAAACACUGAAGGUUCAGAGUUUUUCAUUAAAGCUACUGUCAGGAGUUUUUUUUUGCACUGCUUCAUACCUGAGCGUCGCGCUCUGCUGUUAGUAGGUGCCAUGGCCUGGAUUGCAGGACAGGUUGUCACGACCUCUUUCCCUGUCAGAGACAGUUGGGGUCCAUUAGCUGUGAGCUCAUCAUUGUCAUUAUUUCUCCACUUUUCUCGACCAGUCUGAGAUGGAAACGAGCGUUUUUACCGAUCCUCGUGAUUUGACUUCUGUGCUUUUGUCUGUUAAUUAUCAGACUUCUUCUGUUGUGUUUAGACCAGACAAAGAUAUAAAGAUAUAAAGGUGACAAAACAAAAGGAUAAAGAAGAUUAAUUACAGUAAUAUCCAAUCUUCUCGACAGCAGUGUUUGUGUGUUGUGUAACAGAGUUGUUUGGAGAGAGUCGACCUUGUGUUUAUGAGACUCUGAGCGAGUUUUUCAGCGUCUGUGCUGCUUCAUAAUGAUUCCUCCAAUGAGCUUCAGAGUCGUAAAGAAGUGAGUCAUGAUGGUUCUGUAAAGGACAACGAGGGAUAAGAGAGAGGUUAGAGAUGAUUCAGAGGAGUAGACCCGUGUCUCCACAGAACCAGGAUCUGGGUUCGUCUUUGUGGUUCAGGUUUAAAGGACCUCAGAGCCGAGCCGUGUUUCAUCAUCAGCUCAGUCUCUGAUUAUAAUCACAGAGAGUCUGAAUCCAUCAGUCUGAGGCUGAACUCAGACCAGAGAAACAUUAAAAAGUUUUAAUCAUAGUUCUCAUUAUUUCUUCUGUUUAGGGACAGAUUUUUAAAGUCUGUCAUCGUCUAACAUGAAGUUUUCUCUCAGCGCUCCAUGACUUCACAAAAAACACUAAAAUGAGACAUUUAGUUUUUUCCACAUGAAUGUUUUAGUUUUACAUUCUCUCAUCUGCUGUAGUAGAAAUAUAGAAACAGGAACAAUACUGAUGAGAUUAAAAAAAACACAUGAUGUUCAAAUGUGGAGAAAAGACAGUUUUAGGUCGAGACACAAAAUGAGUUUUAGAUCAUUUUAAAGCUCCUCUCAGAGGUUUUAAGAUUAAACAAAACAGACUGAAGUUAAUAAUCAGAAACAACAUUUAUUAUUACUCUAUACUUUUAUUUUAUCUCCUGAAACUGAUCAGAGGAACAACACUGAAGAAGCAGCUUCAUGCUGAGUCAAACCGUUCGACUGUUUAAAGUCGACAAGAGGAGACUUUUGGAAACGUUUCCCACAUGAACAGGACAGAAGAGACACUUUUCUUCAGGGGGGACAAAAGUCGAAACAGCCCCUCCCCCAAAUGUCCUCACAGGAGCUUUAAAAUCUGUGGGAUUCAUGUGUCGUCUCACAGCACGAGAGAAAAAUAACUAUCCGGACUUUGUCCUGCUGGAGAAUAAACAUAUUAAAGAAAAGGGCAAAAUAUUGGGGGGAAAUUUGGUUUUAGAAGGAAUAUAAAAAUACACAAUAAUAAAAUCUGUGAAUAUGAAGAAAGUGAAAAGACUAAACCAAGAACAGAAGCUUCAGACCUCAGAGUGUUUAUCAGCCGACUGUUCUGGAUCCUUAAAUCCAUCACAUGAGCCUCAGCCAACCAGGUGUGUGUGUGUGUGUGUGUGUGUGUGUGUGUGUGUGUGUCAUCUUACCUGGCACUCACACAGAUUUCUUCUCGGUGCUGACGUGACUGGAGUCUCCCAGACUGAUGUGAGCAGAGAGCUGUUGUUGUUAAUGAAAGGUGGACCACGGUGACUCGACGGUGUUAAACGGCUCUCAGCUCAGCGCUCCUAAUUAAAGCCUCAUUAGCUUGAUUACUGUCGAUGAUGGGGGGGGCUUAUCUUUGUCAGGCUGAAGCUGCAGUAAGAAGGAAAGAGUGAAUACCUCUGCGCUCCUGCAGGUGUUGAAGCUGAAGAGACAAAGGAGGAACUUAAAUUUUGAGAUGAUCGUAUUGAAUAAAAACUCUGUAACUUAGAAAGAGAGAUGGUUCUUUUAAAGCAGGGUUGUUUGAGGUAGUUGUCCAUGAUAAGUGUGUUUCACUCCAGAUCUGAUCAUACAGAGGUAAGGCUGUCAGCUCAUGUUAAAGCUCCUGUGAGAAGUUUUCAGCUCGUGAAGUAACAGACUGUAAUCUGUGUUCAUGUUCAUCAGUGAAACAUGUACAGAGUCAACAAAGACGACAGACUUCUGCUGAACUUGUCUUUGCUGUAGGAUUUUGUCUGUAGUCUAUUUAAGUGUCUCACUGAAAAUACCUGAACUAUCCCUUUAAAGCUAACUCUCUGCUGACCUCGACACACACUGAGCUCAUGAUGAAGAUGUUCCUCCUGUUGGUGGAACAGAAAUCUCUGCAGACAGACGGAGGAAUUAUCUUCAGGUUUAUUCAGUCAGGAACGAUCACUGCCCCGUUAAGAUAAGAUGAGAUACUCCUUUAUUAGUCCCACAAGAGGAAACUCCCAUUAUUCUGUGAAAUAACCAGGUGUAAGUGGACAUAAGUGUGCAGACGUGAGUUUGACGGACUCAGAUUUAAUCACCUGGAGCAGACGUGAAAAUGAAGAAGCUAAUCUUUCCUCAUGUUGGCAAAGAAAACCAGGACAUAAAGACAUGAAAUGAGAGUGCACUGAGCUUGGCCUGGACUCAAAGAGGUGUGAUCUGGUGUUUAUGGAUCUACAGAGAUGGAAAUGAGGCUGAUUACGGUUUUAUACCAUAAAACUGUUGGAGACAUCUGCUGCUAAAGUUCAAUUACAAACUUGAAUGUAGCGUUAGACAGUGAUUUCAAUAACAGCUGAACCUCAUUACAAAAACAUUACAGUAUAGAAAGAAUCAAAUACAUGCAGUAUUUAAUAAAUGAGCUAAAUCUGAUGGUUUGACCUUUGACUCUGUAAUUUAAUCCAGUUUAGAGAUCUGCUCUGAUUUAUUCCUAAACCAUCAUGAUGAUGUUUUUUUACAGAUACCUUUCAUCAUGUUCUCAGUUAAAUCAUCAUUCAGCGAUUAAAACAUUCUCUUAAUUAACAUUUUAACUGAGGGACCCUCUUCGGGGUUAAUGGUCUGUUUUCAGGAGGUCUGCGUCUGUCUCCCCCCCGAGCAGCCCUGCAGCCUCGAGUCUGUGCAGCCCUUUGACUGACACCAGGAGCUGGGUGUUAAUGAAGUGGUCCUCGGUGUUUAGCGGGGAGAUAGAGAGGGGCGAAGAGGCCUCUAAUUGGGCAUCUGUGCCUCUUCAGAUCCCCGUUAAUGGCCGCUCUCCCUCCUGAUAUCAGAGUCCGAGGCGUGAGGAGAAAGCAAACAGGGAUGAGGGGGAGUCAGCUGCAGCUCGGCGGGGAGAUCCAGGGACAGAAGGACAAACAAACUGUUGAUGUCUUCAUAGAGGCUAAUACAGUAAAUGUGAAAUAAACACAUGAUGUGACGACAAAGAGGUCUAAACCCAGAGCUGGUCGUGUUGAGGCUGUAACUCUGCCGGUUUAACAGCUUUAAUAAAACUAAACCUUUAACAUCCUCCUCCUGGACUUUGCUGAAAUAUCGGGGGUUCAUUUUAGAGACUCAAACUGCAGGAAAAACUGAACUCCUAAAUCAGAGCAAAGUUCAUCAAGUUCAUGUGUUUUUCUUCUUUGGUAUCAGACCGUCGUUCAGUGAGACCUCAUCUUCUCCUGAUUCUGUUUAAGACCUGAACCUUCAGUUAGCAGGACUUCUGGUCGUCCAGGAAACUUCAUCCCCACUUAGUUUAAUCUUUAUCCCGACUGACUCUUAAAGCACAUGAUCAUAUUUUCACAUUUUAACCAAAAUACCAAAGUAAUUCAAGUUUUUAGUGUUUUGUUUUCCACGUUUACACUUAUCUAACCGAGAUAUGUAGAGACGCAGCUGAGGAUCUACUGGGAUCAAACAAAACAAAUCUCCCUGUGAUACUUUGUAAAGUCAGAGAACCAUAGUUUUGAACAGGUGGUGGCGCUCUCUGUGGCCCAAAAGGUCUCGCCAUGCUGGGCAGGAGCUCUGGCGAAUGCCUCGGCAUUAGCCUUGGCGCCUCCUGCUAGCUAGCCUGUCACAUCGCCAGCUUGUUUCUGAAUUGAUCAGGAGUUUAAAUAAAGUUUUUAAGGUGAAGUAAAUCUGCGGAUCGGGUAGGUUGCUAUAGUAACGACUAACUGCAGUAAAAUGCAUUGAAAUACGAAGAGAGGAAGUGACGUUCGUUUCGCACAUGCACAGUACAACUCGGGUUUCCGGAACAGACUGGGUAGCGACAGUUUACAUAGACCAGCGAGUCCUCAGACCGGUCUAGACCACAUCACAAGAGGCUCACAUGUUGAUCUGAGGCAGACAGUCGUGGUUAUAGAGUGAAGCGACUCUUGUUUACGUCCUUGUUGAUGAUCCACACAAAACCCCAGCGGCUGUCAAACACGGCGUUACACACAAUUUUAUUCAAACCCAGCCUGCUCAUAUUCAUCUUCUCUGAAAACCACAAUGUAAGUCCAGUUUAAAAACCAUCCAAAACAAGAACUCCUGAAGUCCUACUUGGAGGUCCACUUAGGACCCGUGUCUGGAUCAAACCCGAGUAGAAACCCUGAUGUGUGAAUAAAGUCACAGAAACAGCAGCACUAAAGUACACAUGCUCAGUAAAAUUGGAUUUGUCUCCAGCGUCAAAGUGCUGUGUCUACAAAUGUUCUGGUGUCUUAGCCCGACUGAAAUGCAAAUCCUCCAGCUUUUCAUCUGAGCCGGAGUCUUUUGUUCUCCUCAGAGGUGUGACAGCAGCUCCAUUUAAACCCCUGUUGUACCUCUGUUAAUGUUUCAUAGAGCCAGAGAAGAUGUCGUUUCUGUUCCCCCUCAGUUAGAGAAGCUUUUGGCUCUUUUUUUCUGGUUGUUUUUACACAGCUGUGGUCGUCUUUCUCUGCAUCAAAAGCCAGGCGGGGGAAGGAGAGCCCUGCUGCGACCCGGACAGGUGUGUCCAGUCCUCGGUGUCUGACCUGGUGCAGCUGCAGCGAGCUCUACUUGUUCAGACUGUUCAAGAGAGAGCAGAGAGGCAGGCAGAGCGAUGUUGGAGGUUAUCAGACGGGGUUCACUUGUUCCUCGGUGCACCUGCUCAGAGAAAUACAUGACAGAUAAGGAUGGAGACACACACAGACUCACAGAGACACUCGAGCUGCUUUAUACAGUUUUUAUCUUUUUAAAGGUGUUUUUUUUCUCCUCCUCUUCUUCUUCCUUUGUACAUGGAUAAUUUAAAACACUGAUUAUGAUAUUACAACACACGCACACCUACUUUAAAUUCCCCCCAGCUGGGCCUCAUUAGCCUCCUCGCUCAGUAUAGACAGACUCGGAUAAUUAAUUGAAACGCUCGGACUUACUCAGGGGGUAAUGUUGCUUGCAGUUGUAGCUGUUUAACACGACGAGCAGGUCGACGCCACGUAAUCAGACUCCAUUACAUCUCACUUCAGGAGGCUCUUAUAUUCAGCUCCGCACACACCUGAGUGAGCGAGGAGGAUGACGAAGAGCGGAGGAGAGUAAUAACAGAGGACGUUUCCAGCAGAGUGCGGUGAGAGUGUUUUAAUCAGCGACCGCCUGAAUUGACGGAUAUUUUCUGAACAGUUUAGUAAAUGUUCUUUACGUGACGAUGACGAACAUGCAGCGAUGGCGUCAGAGAAAUUUAAAGGCCGAAUUCGUUAGUUUCGCUCAAAUGAAGCGGAAAAUGUAGAAAUGCUGUUUGAUGAUGAGAUACCUAAACGACAAAGACAUAAUGAACACUUUAUGUUCUCAGCAGUGGAGCAGAAGAAAUAAAGGAACGUGUAAAUGUAGGACUGCAACACCAGGGCUGUCACUGUUUACCAGCCAACGGGGAACGUCUGUCCUGCUUUACAGUAAAAGAAACUUUUUUUGUCAUGUGCAUUAAAUAUACUCCUAUUUGACCAACAGUUAUAUAUUAUAUAUUAUUUUUUCUUUUUAUCCAUGGCGGAGUGUGAAGUCCCUGCGUACUUUCAAAGUGGGAACUAUUUACCAACCAACAGGGAACCUUUGUCCGCCCAAAAAGUGGAAGUCCCUUUUUUCUGUAAUGUGCAUGGUAUAAAAAAAAUUUCCUUCCCAGACGUGUAGACUGAUCCUUGAAAUAUAUUGAAAAAUUAAUAGAAAUCCAACGCUUGUGAAAACUGGAUAAGCGAGUAUCUUGGGAAUGAAAAACCUCAGGCGUCUUGUCAGAGUCUAAACGUGUUUUUUCAGCAUUUGCUUGGAAUUUUUUUCAAAAACAGAGAAAACAUCUUUAAACAGACAUGUUCUGUACCCAGUAACCUGUUAAACAGCCCCUCUGUGUCUGAAAGGCUGCCUUCAGUGCAAACCAUUCACACCAUCAGGGAGUCUGUGUAAAACCAUGUGUGUUUAAGGGUCGUUGUAAUUCCGGCUCCAGCCUACAGGGGGACAGCCUUGCACGGACUUAAACACUCACACACCUUCAGGUCCCCACUUGGCUAAAAUGAAAAAAAAAAACUCCACCAGAGUGUGUUACACAUGAUUUUAGCGUGAUUUAAAGAAUGACCAAGAGGAGACCUAAAAAAUGUCCCCUGUUGGCUCUGAGGUCCCCUCUUGGUGGAAGUGUUAUGAUGCCAAGUUCCCCUCUUUGAUAGGUAGGAAAGCGUACGUACACACACACACACACACACACACAUGCGCGCGCACAUUUACAGUGAUACUCUGAAUAUGUAAGAAACCAUCAGCUUGUGUUUGUGUUCCUGUCGCAGCAGAAAGGCAUCAGUCCAGAAGAGCAGAAGGCUGUUUGACCCCGUUUGUUUAGCAGACCUCUCUUGGUCCAGAUCCUCCAAGAGACCAUGAUGUCUUAGAGGACCAGCUCAGAUCCCGGGUUCCAGAGACAUGGUGACAACUCACUUCCUGGCAUUUCACUCACUGCCUAAGGUCAUCCAUAAGAGAAGGUCGGCGUCACUAUAUGAAGGUUGAACCCAGUGUUGGGUUUCAUUACUGUUGUCAAACAUGAUACACUCAGAUGGUCAGUCGGUGUUCUUUAUCAGCUGUUUGGUUUCUUCUGCCUGUAGAGUUGUUGUUGUUGUUGUUGUUUUUCCUCUGUCAGCGGCUCAAAAUGCUCAGAAACUCCUGAGAGCUCGUCCACAUAAUGACCUAAAACACCUGUCAGCUCAGAGACAGAGCAGAGAGUGAUCGGGUUCGAUCAAUUCAGGAGGAGGAAGUGUUGUGAGGACUUUGUGUUUGAGACAGUUUUGUUCUUGUGUUGUUAAUUUCACCAGGUUUAUAGUAUCUCUGCUGCAUAAUUGAUUCAUCACGAUGCACAGAAAAAAAAUCUAUCAGAUUACCUCAAAGUCCACAUUUGUCCACUUUAAAGUCAAACUCAGAUUUAUUUUUAUGACACUUUUCAGACGAAAAUGUAGUUCAGAGUUCCUCACAGAGUCUCAAAACAACAAUUAACAAUAAAACCCAACCCUCCCACACACACACAGAGACACACACCCACCCUCACUCACCCACACAUACACACACACAAGCGCACACAGUGUGAGAAUAUAAAAAGGCUAACUCUCUCAGUAGUUAGCAAACAUUAGUUCUCUGCAGCCUCUGGUCUGCAGCAGCGUAGCGGUCAAUCAUCAUCGACCACCUCGACUUCAUAUCUCAAACUCCGGCUUCGUUACAACAAGAGUUUUCUUUUUCUCUACAAGGACUUUUAACGACCCCCCCAUACCUGCGGUGUGGAGGUCUCAUUUUCCAGGAGUGUGUGAUUGUGUUUGGAGGUAUCGGUGAUCUGUCCCUGGAGGACUCUGUCCAGUGAUGAAGUGCAGCCUGGACCAAGAUGAGCAGAACAGAAGAUGGAUGGAUGGAGAGAGAGAGAGAGAGAGAGAGAGAGAGGGGAGAGGGGAGAGGGGAGAGGAGAGGAGAGAGGAACAGAUCGAUGGUCUCUGCUGAUAAAGUCAGAAGUGGAGAGUCGAGUUUGUUUGUAUCAGUUCAGUUUUUUAAUCUUUUUUAUUUAAAGUGGACGAUAAUGAGACUCAUUUACAGACAAAGGUGAGUCUGAAAACGACACACCUGAGCGUGGAUACUCAGGGAUCUGUUUUGUCGGUGAACCUUGGAUCUGUCCAAUCUUCCAUUUGUUACCUGCCCUGCUGGCGGUCACGUGGUUUGGGUCUCAGUUUGGGACCAGAUCUAUCACUGCCAGAAUCUAUAGACAGGGCCACCCAAACCCGAGGUAAUUAUAAGAACCAGCAGGGGUCUGGAAGUGCUGACAAGACUGGAGUGGUGCUGAAAAAGUGCUUCUCCAGUCUGAAAGGAAAUAAAGACCUUGGCUGAGUCCUGCUGGCCAAGGCUGCUGCUGUGAUGAUCCUCUUUAUGGAGGAGACUCUCCUUUUUCUGGUCUAGUUAAUAAAACUGACGUUAAACUUCUGAUUGGUGGAAAAGACAGGUGUACAGGUGUGCAGGUGUGCAGGUGUACAGGUGUGCAGGUUUACAGGUGCACAGGUGUACAGGUGUACAGGUGUACAGGUGUACAGCACUGAGCUUUAAUAACAUGUUUGAAUAACAAUCACUGAACUUUUGGUUUGACUGGACUGGAUCACAAAUCCCUCCAAAACAUCUGAAAUAUGACUGUAUUAGACUUCAUGACUCUGUACAUGACUUUAUGGACUUACCUUAUAUAUGUAUUUAUUUUUCCUUUCUUAGAAUAGAAUAGAAUAGAGUUUUAUUGACAUUUGUACAAGUUGUGUGUGUCUCUGAGUCAUUAGAGAGAAAAAAACAUGUGAAAAAGAGAUAAUAAGUAAAAGGCAAGGUUAAAAAAAUGAUGAUGAUGAUGAUGAUGAAUGAGUGGACAGAUUGAUUGAGGGCUGGAUGGAUGAUCGGUGGAUGGAUGGAUGAAUAAAUGGAUGGUUUGUUGGCUGGCUGGAUAAUUCUGAAUGGAUUGAUUAAGGGCUGAUAGAUGAUAAUGGAUAGAAAAUGGAUGAUGGAUUAAAGGUUGGAUGGAUAGAUUGAUGUUAGAUGGAUGGAUGACAGAUUGAAAGCUGGAUUGAUAAUUCUCAAUGAAUGGAUUAGGGGCUGGAUGGAUGGAUGACAUAUAAAUUGAUGGAAAGUGGAUGGAUGGAUGAUGGAUUUAAGGUAUAAUGGAUAGAUAGAUGUCUAAUGGAUGGAUGUUGAAUGGAUGGAUGAAUCUGCCAACAAGUCUCAUCUUUAUAUUUUCAUUUAUGAUCGGUCCGUUUUGAGAAAGUUCCUCUCGUGAUUCUUCACUCUUUAAUUUUCCUCCAUCUUUGUGUUUUUUUUUUCAUCGGUCUGAUUCUGAACCAUCAUCAUCCAUCCAUGCUGUAAGAAAUAAAAACUCGAGGUUCUUUCUUUGUUGGAAAACUGUGUAACUCUGAAAACAUCCAUCAGACUCUGACAAGAGGGCAGGAUUGGGUGAAAACAGCCUUCUGCUCAUUUUCUCGACUAAACCUUGACAGGUCCCUGAAGCUGUUAUUGACCAGUGUUAUAAAGAAACACCUAAAACCAGGUCUCCAUCAAGGACCAGAUCACCUGUUGAAACUUUACUGCUCUGUUUUCUUAAAGUAAUAAACGCUGCAGGUUGAUUUCUGAUGUUUUCAGGAUCCUUAUUUCUGUAGUCUGUUCGCGUGUUUCAGAGAGAAGAAGAAGAUCUGUGGAGUGUUCUUCUUUCUCCUCUGCGUGAUGCAAUCUGUGAGAAUUUGAAGACUCCUCUAAACCGGGUCCAGCCUGAGGCCAACGAGUCUGGAGCCUCUCUGCAGUUUUAAAUGAGGGGGGGGUCCUGAAGAUGGGCGUCAGAAGGACUCGUGUAAAUCUGAGGGUUGCUGGUUGUUUUUUGGAGAGCGUCUCUGCAGUUUGUUGGUGUGUAAAGUUUAAAUUUAGUCGGGUCGCCUCAGGAGAGGGAGUGAGGGAGGGAGGGAGACAACCACAAUGAGAGAGAGAGAGAGAGAGAGGGAUGAAAGUAAUGAAAGGAGAAGUGGGAAAGAGAGUCUGAAGAGUCUUAGCGUGACCCACAUACAGUUCCUCUCACACUCACACGCCGUCUGAUUAACUUGACAAAUCUGAAUUCCCAAGUACUCACUUGGAAUAAAACGCUGAUAAUUUGUUUAGUCAACCUCGUCCUGACCCGGUUUGACUCCCAUUAGUUCUGCCUCCCCCCCCUCCAUGUGUGUGAACAGGGAUCCUUUCAUCUGCAGCUCAGAGGCGGAAAAAAACCGACAGGAAGGUGUUGAUUCCACCUCACCUGUACGCUUCACGCUCCCUCGCUGCUUACCUGCGAUCUCUGCUGUAAAAAUAAAAGCAGGUUUUUAAAGUUUGACCCAGAAUCACCUGAAGUGGAAACACAAGUCUUUGUUUUCUGUUGUUUUUUUAUUUUGCAGUCCGCUCUGUUCUUCUCAAACCAGCUCCUCCUGCCCACCUGUAACUCUAGACUCACAGCAGGGCGGAGACGAGCCGACACGCCGCCUGAAGGCUCGCCUCACUUCCCCUCAUAGGCCGGUUUCAGGGCCCGGUUUAUCGAUUGGCACCACUAUCAUUAAACUCCUUUAGCUCUGCACUCUUUGCACAUCUCUAAGUGCACCUCCGGCGAGUGAGUGAGUGAGUGAGUGAGUGAGUGAGCGGGCGGGCGGCUAAAUCUGUUUCCAGGGGUGAUGCUUCAGAGCAAAGACGCAGGAGGAGGAAGGAUACGAGUCCGAUUCUGGAAAAUGAGCUUCUCUGAUUCAGUUUUCCAGAAGGUGGAGCACAUUUGGUGAGCUGCUCUUUUUUAUUUUGAUUUAUUAUUAUAGAUGAAUAUCAAACUACGGCAAGCCAAGUUUACUAUCAUGAACAAAAUAAAUACAGAUUAUUGAACGGGGAAAAACAAGCGUGUAAAAUGUCAAGUGUGGCGUGUGAGAACGGGUCAAAUUGCGUGACUGUCACACUCAAAGCGUGAGACUUUGCAGCUCUGAGGUCUGAGAAUAUAGAGCUCAUAUUGUUACAAACAUAGAUCCUCAUCUGUAUCACAAACCUCUGUGUUCCUGUAAACUCAGGACGUUUGUGUGAGACAUGAAUAAAAAAAUAAAAAUCAAUUAUUGACAAAUCUACUUCCACCUUAAUCUGAUUGAACACACUCGUUUAACACAGAGGUCAGUAUCUGUGAUGGUCCAGGGGGGGCGUGUUAGCGCUCAUGGCGUGGCGAGCUCUCACCCCUGUGAAGCUGACAGGUACAUACAGACUCAAAAACACGUUUUCAGGGACGUUUCUGAUUAUUUAGAGACAACGCCAAGACACUUUCUGCACGUGUUACAACUAUAGACUGUAUAUAGAACAGACGCCGUCUGCCUCCUCUCUCUGAGAACAGCUCCCUGAUGGGCUGCAGUAUAGGUCCUAAACCCCGCCUCCUUAUGGAGCUGUGGACAAACUUUAUAAAUGAAUGACACAGAAUAUAAAUGUUUCUCCCCCCUGGUUGUGAUGUUGACAUGUAGUUACUGUCAGACUGGUUUGUGCUCAAGUCCUCUUUUUUCUGUGAAGCUCCAUUUUUAAAAGUUAUUAGGGGGUUCAUGUUUUCUAUGAUUGACACCUGAUACAGCCUAUGGGAGGACAGAGAUUGAGUAGAUCACCGGGGGAUACGCUGUUUGAGCCGAGCGUCAUCACAGCGAGUCUCGGUGACUCUCUCACCGAAUGCGAACAACGCUACUGCGCAAUGUUGGUUUCAGGAAGUGGAGAAAAAAACUCAGAAUUACUGAAGAACUUUUCAGCUUCAAAUCCGUAAACUGGAGGAAGGAGGAACUAAGUAGUCCGUAGUUUAUACAGUCUGUGGUUACAACGGCGUGGCUUCGAGAGUGCAGGUACUAGACCGGCCCACCUCCAGUCCAGACCGGUCCUCCACAUGAUGAGGUUCUGAGGUGGACUGGACGCCUCUCUCUUCCUUUGUUGUGACUCAGUGUUGAAUGUGUUGUGAUGUCUUCUCUGGGAGGAUUAGGAGGAAGUGAUUAGUCAGUGAUUUAUUCGACAACACUGACCUGUGCGUUCGUAUUAUUCCUCUGUGGGCUGAGCGAGUGAUUUUCCCCAUUAUGUGAACAUCGUAUGUCCACAACAACAACAACAUCAGCAGCAGCAGCAGCACUGAGAGCCUGUUCCUGUUCCUGUUCCUGCUGCUGCCACUAAUGUGUCAAAUGGACAAAGUGACGGCCGGGUUCAUUUCUGCAGGGGAGGGGGCUUCAUGAAGCUGGAACAGGCUGUCAGAGCGGGGAGGAGGCAGAUAAUUAGGACGGGAAGAUUUGAUGUCGCCUUUCAGAAACGAGGUAACGUCCUCUUUUGUUUUGGAGAACUUUGCUUUCAAGCCCACAUCCGGCCGGCCGGAGAAACGAAUCUCUUAUUAACGAGGAGAUUCAGUGGAGCAAACGCUGAGCAAAGCAACACCCACAGCUCGGCACCGGGCAGAUCUCUGUCUAACAAAAGAGAGAGAGAGCGAGUGAGAGAGAGAUGGAGAGAGAGGGAGAGAGGGAGAGAGAGAGAGAGAGAGAGAGAAGAGCGUUUGUACUCUGUUAACGCACAAAUGUGAGAAAAAGAGGAAGAGAGAGAGAUAGAGGAGAAGGAAACAGUAGGAGAGAGGGAGGGAGGGCGACUGAGCAUCAUCUGACGAGAGAGAGAGAGAGAGAGAGAGAGACAGAGAGAGAGGGAGAGGGAGAGAGAGAGAGAGAGAGCAGGUGUUGGAGAGAAGAGAGGAGACUGAGUCAGACACACAGAGGGAGCGAUACAGAGAGGAGCAGCAAGUUGUUGAGGAGCUCUGCCGACAGGUAAGAUCAGAUCGAGAUGAUGAUGAUGAUGAUGAUGAUGAAGGUGUAGAAGCUGCUGGAGGAGGAGAAGAAGAAGAAGAAGAUAGACAGAGAGACAAGGGAGGGAAACUGGUGUGCAUGUUCAGAACCAGAACUUUCUCUGUGCAUCCUUCCCUCUCUCUCUCUCUCUCUCCCUCUCUCUCUCUCUCUCUGUUUUCCUUCAGGAAGUGGUGGAUUGGCAUCUCCACUAACUGACUCUGCUUUCGUUGUACAUUAGCUGCUCUUCUUGAUUAGAUUAGCUGCUCUCCUCUAAGUGGUCCUGCAAAGCUCAGGGGUUCACGAGCGCUCGUCUCUUUCGGACUCUGAGUGUGUUUCAGUGUGUGUGUGUGUGUGUGUGUGUGUGUGUGUGUGUGUGUGUGUGUGUGUGUUGUAGUAGAUGGGAAGGGGAGAUGCAGCCGAGCAGGACAUUACUCCAGAAGGAAAAAAGAAAAAGUAUGAUUCAGAUUUUUCUUUUCUUUUUUUCUGGAGCGGUAUUUGUGAAUUUUUCCAAACUCACACCCGGAGCAGGAAUUUAAUCUACAAUCCGAUUGAAAAGCCGAACCUGGAGCUGCUGCUGCUGCUCCAGUGAAGAUGAAUUGUGAAAUCUAAUUCCAGUCUCAGGGAGCUCGGAGCUUCACUCUCAGUCGGUCGACUGUCUCAGGAUUGUUGGGUUAGCGGUUAUGGAGAAGAAAAUGUGCCGCCAGAGCGUCUGUGAAGUUUGUGAUUCUCUCUUUAACGUGGACUGUGUUUGAAAACUGGACCGGGUUUGAAGGGUGAAGCUAAACCUGCAAUAUUUGUGACAGCCAACAGGGGGCGACUCAUGUCCGAAUAGCCCAUUUCUUUAUUCACGCACCCCACAGGAGGUGAAUAUUUAUACAGUUCAAGUGGGCGCACUGUAGCUGUUGGCGAGGACUGAAGAAGUCUGCUCCAACUCAACCUCUGAGUGGGUCAACAGAAAGUUUAACCCUCAAUUUCCACCGCAUCCGGAAACAGCUCCAAUCCUGAACGGUGGUGAUUUUCGCCGUCCACCAAUUCCUACCGAACAGCGGUAAAGCGAGAACUCACAAGAACCCGUGGAUCCAUGUUCAAUCACACAAUAACGAGUUGUCUCUAUAAAGACAGACACAUAGACAUAUAAGCAGUAGAUUGUGUCCUUCCAGAGGAGGAAAUCUACUUCUAGACUUCUAGAAUCAGCAUCUCCUCAUCCAUGGUGUCAUCGGGGUGAAAUGACGUCUAAAAACCUUUCACUUGUUCGUCUCCGCCCGUUUGGAUGGUGUGAAAUACGAUCCUCCUGAAACACGGAGUGUUUUAUUUUGAAAAGAAGCCGGAUGUUUUAUUUUGAAAUGAAGCCGGUGGAAAUUGACACGUUAACUUGAACGGUCACGAUCAGCUAUCACACAAACUUUUUGUGGAAAUUGGGGGUCAGUCAGCAUUUCCAAUAUGGCCGCCACCACAGUCGGGCAGAGAUGGGGAUCAUUGACUAAUUUAAUGUUUUAUUUCACACGACUUUAUUUAAACUCAUCAUGUUACUAUAAAAUCUGCUUUGAACUAAUUCUUGUUUCACCGACCCGACCUCAAACGCCCCGUAAUGUCGUCGUCUGUCACUCGGUUAGUCAGCUGAAUAGUUCAGAGGUCAACUUUAUCACCUCGACCAGCUGCAGGUCCUCUGACUCGGUUUGAUCCAAAACUCUUCUUUGUCCUUUUUUUAGGUACCUGCUGCUCAACACUUGAUCAGACAGUCUACUGAUGUGCGUCCGUUUAUUUAAUGAACAUGACAUGACUUUACGGGACCCUCAGGACUCUAUCAGGGUCAAAGGUCAUAGAUUUACGGGUGUAUCAGGUCUUUAAUGGGCCCAGUUCUUCAUAUUCCCAGUAUGUCCCAGUAUAACAUGGCAGCUGUGAUUGAAAUGUCUCUAUAAUGGAAACCAUGAUGGAGAGCUCUGAGAACCUCUUUUCAUCCACGCUCCAUAUAUGGUCCACAAACCAAGAUGAUGAUGAUGAUGAUGAAGAAGUUCUGAACCCACAGGGGUCCUCUCACAGAGCUCCUCAUGUCCACUCAGUGUCUGUCUUAGUGGAGCGAUAAGAUUUCCCUCUUCAACAAUGAUCAAGACGCCGCCCCGUCAUGGUUAUGAUGAUGAUGGCUGUAAUAACACUGAUGGGAACAGCUUAACGAUGAUGACCUGAUAUAAUGGGAGAAGAAUCAGUUUUACACCAUUAAACCGGGUUCAAAUAAGGAGAGAAAACCUGAGAGUUGGAGCCGUUCCCUGUUCUUCAGCUCGCUCUUUUGAAGACUCGCUGAAGUUCAGAGUUUUCUUAAUCAUGUUGACAGAUUUCUCCAAACACUUCAGGUUCAUCUUGACUUAAAAGAAAAGUAGCUGACUAAAAAGAGAGAGUCGAACCGCCGGAUGAUUGUUAGUAUUCUGCUCUGGAGAUGCUGUUGUAAAUAAUGUUGACAGUGAAUUCUCUUUACCUGCACAAACACUUCUUACAGAAACCAGUGUGAGGUCGGGCCGCGCGAGAAAUCCAUUUUAAAUCAGUUUAUUUGAUCAUGAAGAUGUUAAAAAACAUCAAAAUCCUCAAAUCAAUUUUCCUCUCUAUCAUGUCUCACACCUCCAGGCCACCGUAGGCUCCUCCUCCCCACACACACCAGUGUAAACAAACAUGGCGUUUGCAGAAGAAGGCGAUAAUUUCGUGGUUAAAUAGGACAAGAGCGAGUCAGUCGUGUUGAAUUGGUACGACUUCACAGUUUCAGAUGAAGAGUAAACCACUCCCCGCUGUAAAGUCAGUCUGAAGGCGGUAUCAACCCGUCACCAUGGAAACGAAUUCAGGAGGAAACGCUGAAGUUUUUUGUCGUAUCGGCGUUUCAGGUGACUGUAAACGGUACUUUUUGUAAACGGGUCAGAGAGUGAAUAAAUUUGUAAACAACGACCAUUUCAUCUCCGUGUGGAUGUCUAUCUGCAUCUCUGGAAACGAUCAUGUGACACACAGAGGAACUCUUUUAUGGCGCCGAAACAACCUUUCUACACAUGCUCUGUACUCUUCUUCUGUUUUUUGUGCAUUUCCUGUUUAGAGUUACAGCGCCACUUACUGGCUUGGCAUAUGCACUACAUCGUUUUAAGCGGUUUGGUUUCGAGAGAUGAUAAAAAAAAAAGGUUUUAUUUCUGAAGUAAAGUUCGGUGAAGUUGUCACUGAAGAAAAAAUCUAAAAUUGAGUUUUCAGAGAAAAAAAUCUGGAUUUUAUUUGAGGAUAAAAUCGUGCAGCUCGAGUACGAGGAGGUUUUUCUUCCCACCUGAAAUGUUGCUCUGAGUUUCUCCGCUCCUGCGCCGCUCUGACACCAUCAUUUCUCCCUGAAUUGUACGCCUUUCUUUGUCCCUUUUGGCACACCGUAGUUAAGCCGUCACUCCUGCUGCUGCCGUGAUGGAAAAAUAACACGGCUGCUCUUGUGAAUGGCACGUUCAACUUUAAAAAAAAAAACUCCCAGAAUGCUCAUGUGAGUGGUCGAAAAUGGAAAUAUCACCAAAGUACAUCAACCAGGCUGAUGUCAGCGGGAAACCACGUCACAGACGUCAGCAGAGUUUGAGUUUGGAGGGUGAAAAUGACCGUAAACCUGAGGUGGGACAUCUAUAGGUGUGUCACGUCUCUGUGCUGCAGUGAGAACUUCAGUUUCAUGUUUAUGUGACUAAAGGAACAAACAGUCUGGGACUCGUGCUCCAUGUCAUGAAAUCACUGUUUGUCAGAGUUAUUUUGGAGUAACUGCACACCAGCUCGACUCUGAUUGGACGUUUUCCAGUCCGACCUCCAGGUGCAGAAGUGCAGUGAUUAUUUCAACAAUGAAUCUCAAAGUGGGGACGCCAAAGUACAUUACAUGACAUUUACUAGAUUUCCACAUGAAGUUAGUGGUUAGGGUUACUUUUAUCGUUAAUACAGACUUUAUAGUUUCAGUUUGAUCGUGUCAAUAAACCAAAAUAAAAACUUAAAAUCAAACCAUAAGAGAAGAGAGCAGAUUGUACGAAGUAUCAGACAAACUUCGAAUAAAAUGUGACAAACUAUCAGACGUCCUCCCAGGAUAAAAAAAAACAUUCUACCUUCCCAGGUGUUCGCCCAUCCUGUCUUACCUGUCCACCUGGGGCAAACGACCAAACCGUCAAAAUAAGGAAUAAAUGACAAUAAUAACGACACUAAUUCUACAUUCACCCUCAAGCAAAACAACAGAAAUAAGUUAAUUUGGUAAAAUCAGAUGAUCUGAAACAGAAGAAGAAACUCCAACAGACUGACGUUUUUAGUCAGAUAAAAAUAAUGGAAUUUUAAACAGACCAAACAGUUAUUAACAAACAGUUUAAACAGUUAUCCAGAACCAAAAGAGACGUCUGUUUUUCUCAGGUGCUCCUCUGUAGUGAUGUUAUAAUCCUGGUCACCUUGGCCCCUCUGAGACCCCGGGGAAGCCUCUCUAAGGGUCUCAAAGGUGGACAGUUUUCAGUCCUCAGAAAGCUCGUUUGUUUCAGCGCUGGUCUCGACAUGUUUUCUUCCCCGCGGCUUGUUAGACUCCAGCGAUCAAUCACCAAAGAAACACUGUUGGCAGCCCUGACCACGAGUCGAUGAUCAUUGGGUGAUGGAAUAAAAACAGUGCAGUAACAAAAUGUGCAGAAUCAGCGGUUUUGCAGUGAUAGUUAGUUCACAUUUAUGAGCGCUGGUGUCAGAGAGGCCGUUGGUCGGACAGAUACUGGAGUUCAGAUGCCAGGAUGGUGAAAAUGAUUUCAGACUGACAUCAAACUCAGAUCUAUAAUUUCAUAAACUUUAUCCUCCACUGAAAUUUCAGUUUCUAAUCAGCUGUUUUACACAAAAACGUAAAAGGAUUCAGCUCAAACUGUUUUACAAAGACACUUAAUGUUGUGAUUAUAAAACUCUGCACAAAGAAGAAGAAGAAAAUGGUUUAUCCCUGUGGUUUGCAAAGACAGGAUGAAGUCAGAAUUGGUUGUUUUAGUAUUUAAUCCAUAAAAAAGCUGGAGUGACAUCUGUGGAACUGUGCGAGCUGGCAGGACUGAAGCAUCUAGACUGUAGGUUAUCUGGACUUUAACAAAGAGUCGGUUCUGUUUGGUUCAGGUUUUAAAAAAGGCAGAGCCGCUUUAUUUCGGCGUUUUCAGGGAAAUCUUCAUGAACAACAACAACAGUCGUCUGUUGGCUGAUUAGAAAGAAGAGUGUGGAUCAUUCCAGCGCCGCUCUAUCAGCUGAUAUGUGUGAGUACGGCCGUUCUCGUAAAUUGCUUCUUGAAUUAUUUGCGAGUCACGAGGACAUGGAUAACACUUGUAAUCCGCCCUCAGGUUUUCCUGCUGGAUGGAGUCGUCUGCUAAAGCCUCUGCUAAAGCUGUAAUGGACUAAGUUAGUCCACCACGAUUAGCCGAGGUUACUCUUCCAUCCAGUCCUCUGAUAUCUCGCUCUUCCUGCCUCGGGCUCUCUUUUGUUUGCCAGGGCAUCUGUGGAGCUGGCACGCGGUUCAUGUUCAGCCUGUAUUUAGCCCGGGGUCAACCUUAUUUACUAGAGCUAUUGUGGGUUUUUGCUGAGGCCUUUGUAUUAACCCCAUAAUACUUUAUCUUCAUGAUGAUGUUGUUUUUCUCAGCAGAUCAGUUAUCUGACUCUGCAGCCGUGGUUAUAAAAGCUUGUAUUGACUCUGUGCAGAGCUGUCAGGCCUGAUAUGAAGCUCACUCCUGCUUUUUAUCCCCAAACUUGUUAAUUUGUUUAUCAAAUUUAAUAUUAUUAUCAGAUUAUUUUAUAAAGUUGUACCGAACUAACAAGCUUUACAGUCAAAACCUGACGUAUGUGAGGCACUGUGCACGCCUCUCUUGAAAUAAAACAGCACUUUUGUUGUUCAUUUGAACGCCAAGGAGAAUUUCUAAUGACUCGGUCUGAGUCAGAACAAUAUUCAGAACAGACCACAUGGCAGCACACAGCUGCUGCUGUUUGUUAUUUUCCCCUCAUGAUGAGAAAAAUCUGAUUUUCUAUGAUUUUGGUGUUUUUGAGUUUUUGUUCGUCUCUUGGAAACACACCGUCUCAGGAACGCCUGCGGGGAAUAUCUGCAGAUUAGGCAGAAAAACACCCACCUGAUUAAGAUUUAGAGGUCAGAGGUCAAAGGAUGAGAAACACCAACCGUGAACCAAAAUGGACACCAUUAAAAAAAAAAAACAUGACAAGAUAUAAAAGGUCAAAGGUCACCUUUAGUGUGGCGUCCAUGUGAAACAGUAACUUGUGAGAUACCUGGAAGGAAUAUCCUCCAAAGAUGAAGUGUGAGUAUAACUGUGGUCAAAGGUCAAAGGUCAGGAGAACAUUUUGGUGAUGUGGAUAUCUUUUUGGAGAAACCAGGGCCUAUUUUUAAGGUUUUGGACUUCUACGAUGCGAACACUCGUGUUUUAGAGCAAAUGUUUAUGUUUCUACAUGAACGCAUUUUCACAUAAAUUUAAGACAAAGUUUCAACUUUAACUUUUACACAAAGAUAAUUUUACAAUAAAGACGAAUAUCUGACCGUAUAACCCUCACAGUCAGUGACUUUAACUCUGUGAUGAUGCUGGUCGUGUUCAAUACUAGAGCUGCUGUCUCUCUCUCUCUCUCUCUCUCUCUCUCUCUCUCUCUCUCUCUCUCUCUCUCUCUCUCUCUCUCUCUCUCUCUCUCUCUCUCUCUCUCUCUCUCUCUCUCUCUCGCUCCCCCUUUCGCUCUCUCUCUCUCUCUGUCUCUCUCUGUCUCUCUCUCUCUCUCUCUCUCUCUCUCUCUCUCUCUCUCUCUCUCUCUCUCUCGCUCCCCCUUUCGCUCUCUCUCUCUCUCUGUCUCUCUCUGUCUCUCUCUCUCUCUCUCUCUCUCUCUCUCUCUCUCGCUCUCUCUCUCUUCUCUCUCUCUCUUCUCUCUCUCUCUCUCUCGCUCCCCCUUCUCUCUCUCUCUCUCUCUCUCUCUCUCUCUCUCUCUCUCUCUCUCUCUCUCUCUCUCUCUCUCUCUCUCUCUCUCUCUCUGAUGAAUGAAAACUGCAGCCCCGGUCGGUCGGUUGGUUGGUUGGCAGGAGCAGCUCUCGGGUCUUUGGCAGCUCAGCUGCUUCGUUUUGCCAGAAAACUAAAGAUGGAGCUGCAGUUUUUGUCUCCGCUCCAAAGAUCUUCAUUUCCAACAUGUCUUAUAUAAGACCACACAUCCUGCAGUUGAUAGAUUGAGGACUAUCAUAUCGAUUAAAGACUAAACUAACCAAACCUUGACCAUAUUGGACCGAUCAGGACCCUCUGAACUCUGAGCCGUGAGUUUACACUCAUGCACUAAAGUAUCCGAGUAAAAGUACAGGUGCUGAGAUCUGUUAUCAGAUCUGUUAUCAGAUCUGUUAUCAGAUCUGUUAUCAGAUCUGUUAUCAGCCGUGAUCCUGAUGUCCUGUCCCUUUACAAACCAGAACACACAUUUAACCCUGAUGAUGACUCAGCAGAGACCCCUCCAGCUGGUCUACAGCAGGACCGGUUCUGGUGUCGGUUUAGAGUCGACGUUCACAGUCAGAGGAAUGAUCAUGACUCUCAUCCCAAAGUUCAGUCUGGUUUAUGUUGAAGUUUUUUAUGUCUCUGCAGAGCCGGAGGCUGCAGUUUAAGGACCAGAACAUUUUAGGACCCUCCUGUUGUUGGGAUGGGGGGUCAGGGUUUUGGGGUCUUCAGAACUUGGUCUCCUCUCAUCAUAAGGAUGUGGGGGUGCAGUGAUGUGUCUAUCUAGUCGCUGUAAACAGACUGUGUUGGUGAUACAUGAUGUUCAGCCUCAGAGCUACAUCUGCUGAGUCUGAUCUUUUCAGUCUCUCGUUUUUAAUCUUUACUUCAUAAACGUUCGUCUCUUUUUUGUCCCAUCCGUCUGCGGAGGUCAGUUCAUUGACGUAUUUUGCUUCAGAAGACUAAAACCGUCUGAAUUCAACACAAGAACAUCUGAUUUGACCGGAGGAGAAGGCCUUCAAGGUGAAGACCGGUUAUUUUGGAGUUUGGCUCACGGUGCGCUGACGUAGUUCACCGUUUGUCCCUGACAGAUUGUUGUCUGCUCUAGUGCUUCAUGUGAGCACGUUAGAGUCGGCUAUUUUGGUCUCCAGAGGGGAUCAGGAGUGGGAUGAGGAGCUGAAACACAUAAAAAUACAUAUUCUUGUCAUUUCUACUUAAAGUAAUGUUUCAGGGUUUUUUUUUUUCAUAUGACGAGUGAAGAUUAACAUUCACCUCCGCCCGCCGUGGAUGGCCUGAUAAUAUCUUUCAUCAGCAUAAUGUGAUGUGUAUGUAUUAUUCAGCACAGAGUCAAAUGGUAUUCUUGGACUCUCGGAGCUCAUCCUUCAGGAAAAAUAAACCGCUCUGUCUCCAGAAAAAUUACAUUUCCAUUAGGGUGACUCAUGACUCUGGCGGUGCGGUUUUCUCUCCCAUCGUCCUUCUGUAGGGUUAGUUUUUGGGUUGGUUUUCUGAUAGUACAUGUUUCUGUAAAAGGUGAUGUUGCUAGGUGACACGUUUGUACAACUGCAGACAAAAUAACUCGUCCACAGAGAGAGGAUGAAUGAUUAAUCAGAGAGAGAUAAUCCUAAAAUGUUGGAGAUGCAGAUGAUCAAACCUUUGGUGAACGCUGAAGUCACAGAUACCCCUCCUCCUCUUCUUCUUCUUCUUCUCCUCUCCUGGCUGCUCUGCGUUUAGCAGAUUUAAAGUGGUUAAUCAGCUGUGACUGGAGAGGAACCUUUCACCUGAGGUGAUGUGUGGAGAGCCGGGCGUGAAGCCUCCUCACUCAGAGUGAAGGUUGGGUGGAGAAGUGCUGCUUGUUAUGAGCCUCCAGAGUGUCAAUCAUCCCAUCAGUCUGACUCUGUGACCCCAACACCUGGCUGCUGCUCACAGGCCUGACCCGGGUCCAGACUGCAGGUCCAGACCUCAUUAGUGUGAACCACAGUGACCCCUACUCAGGAUGAUGACUGAUAAGACUUUAUUGAUACCUACAACACUAUUGGAUCCACUUAUUGAUCCAAUUCAUGAUCACUUCCUGUAGAUAUCCUCUAACCUACAACUUCCACAGUGAAAAGAUGAUCGUAACCAUUCAAGUCCACACGUCAAUUUCCACCGGCUUCUUCCCGGCCCCCUGCGGUUCAGCGGGUUUCACAGCCGAUCAUAACCGGAUAAAUUCAGCACAGAUUAACCCGUGCUGGAAAGGAAGUCGGGCACAGACACAAAAUAAAACAUCCGGCUUCUUUUCAAAAUAAAACACUCCGUGUUUCAGGAGGAUCGUAUUUCACACCAUGCAAACGGGCGGAGACGAACAAGUGAAAGGUUUUUAGACGUCAUUUCACCCCGAUGACACCAUGGAUGAGGAGAUGCUGAUUCUAGAAGUCUAGAAGUAGAUUUCCUCCUCUGGAAGGACACAAUCUACUGCUUAUAUGUCUAUGUGUCUGUCUUUAGAGAGACGACCCAGCAUCGUGUGAUUGCAUGUGAGUUGCGAUUCCUGCUGUCAGAAAUCCGCCAUGGAAUUCACCUCACAAACAUAUCUGGUCAGAAUCGGCGGACGGCAAAAAUUGCUGCCAUUCCAGAUGUGGUGGAACUUGAGGGUAAGGAGAAAAAGAUGAUCCAUUGAAGUUUUCAGCGACACCACUGUGGGUACUGUGGUUUUUAUUACCUGUCCUGCUGAGAUGCUGAAGCAUGGCCUCUGAUUGGACCGUUAAAGGUCAGCUGGUCAGUGAUACAUCCGUUGAUUGGUCAACAGAACACAACAAAGAUGGUUGGCUAACAACAGAAAUGAAACUGAAACAGAUUUAAAUCAUCACAGAUUACUUUCCCCAUAGACGGGUUGGAUGUUGGAAUCUGUCGGUCUCACGAAGUGAGUGGAUUUUACUGUAAAUCAGAGUUUUGUGCUGCUCUGUUUUUAGAGCUGAUCAUGUAAGAUCAAUAAUAUUUAGAUGUAAAUGAGAGUAAUUUGAGCCGCUCCUGUCUUCUGCAGGACAGCCUCUUAUGAACUGAUGUAUCAUUGUUUUCGAAGGCUCAUAGAUCGAUGUUAAAGGACGAAGAUGAGGAAUCUAUCGAACAUAAAGACAAAUGAUGCAGAUGGUUCAAACUCAUCUGAUUAAGUUCUGAUCUGGAACCAGUUUUUAAUUCCCAUCCCAAAUUCUUCCAGCUCAUUAUUUGUGCAGUUUUUAUUCCUGAUAAUAGGAAGAGAAAGAAUAUUUUUGCUGUUGUUGAGCAGGUUCCAUUCAAUGAAAACAAAAGUUUUGGAAACCAGCAGAUUUUUUUAUCUUUUCAUUUUUGCCCAUCAUGAUUCCACUGCUCCAGUUUUUCUCUGUGUCUCCACGGAGGAAGAUGAUUCAGUGAAAAUAACCCUUUUAUAUGAGGCUUAAUAAAUCCAUAUCACACAGUAUCAUCAUGUCGUAUGUCAGGAUGCUGGUAUUUGAUAACGUGCGCUCGCUGUGUUCGUCACAAUAUGCCAAACUGAAAUCUCUGAGUCAAGCUUAACAUUUACGCUGCACCAGGAUCUGCCCUGUAAAUUAAUUCAGAGACGGUAUAAACACACAAACACACACACACACACACACAAACAUCACAUAAAUGUAUUCAUCUCCCGUGAUGAGAGCCACCAAGCAUGCCAGCGGUAGUGAAAGUGGCAGGCUGUCAAGCAGCCGUCAUCUCUCUGUCUGCAGAGUCUCCUAAUCAAGAUUGAUUUGCACCUUUGUGCUUCUCCUUUCAUUAGGGUUCACAAAGUGGCACCAGGGAGGUUUGGCUCUGUUCUCUGCAUGCUAAAGAAGUGUGAAGGUGAUUUACAGCGUCUGUACAGAGGGAAACACACCAUGAAAGAAACAUGGAUUUAGACGAAUACUCUUUUAUGUGUGAAGACAUCAAAUGAAUGUUCAGAGAGCGGCCCUGACUGUUAAUUUUCUCCUUUAAAAUAUGCAGUGAAAAGAUAUCACCAGUGUGUCUGCGUCGGUGUAUUUGUCCUGAAUCUGUGGUCCAGGCGAACUAAAGCAGCAGGGGUCAAGCUUUGACUCCAACCAAGUUAUCUCUGCAGGAGUCUUCAUGAAGUCAAUUCAAGAAUCUGUGAAAAUUUCAACGUAUUUCAACACUUAUAAUGCAAUUCAAUACCACUCAUGUCCAAUAGGUGGCACUGUUUCUAUGACAAAAAUGUAUAAGUUGACUAGUUGAGUUUGUGACCAUCAUUAAAGUGGUAAAGUCAGAACAGUUCAGCUGGGGGCGUCGUUCCAGUACUUUGAAGUUAAAUCAUUACUUACCCAAAUGUUUAAUCUAAUGUUUUAUAAUAAUGGCACAUGUUUUGGUGUUGAAAAGAAGGUAAAACGCAUGAAAAUCACUUGAAAAAACGAGUUAUUUUCAAUGCAAUUACAAUUCCUUUAAUGGGAAAGUUGCCCUCACCAAGAUGGCUGCCAUGUUGGCAUGUUUCUUUACGGGCUGCCACAGUGCGCCGGUGUAUCUAGUCUUCUUAAUAUCCUUGGGUUGAACCCUCUUUGAAGGAGUUACAGUAACUUCUCUGAGUUCAUUUGAAAGUAUUUUUCUUCAUAGAUGUUAGCACGGCUGGUUUGACCGAUCAUUGAGGCGAGGGAUCCACAAAAUCCAUCUUUUCCAGCUGAUACCGAUGACUGACUUUUACCUGGUGGUAGUGUUGGGCGGUAUGACGGUAUAUACCAUGUGACGGUAUAAAAGUGUGUAGCUGUCUGCGCUCACUAACAGGAAAGCCCGAGUGCGUCAGUUUGGGUGUGUUUCCGUAUCUUCACCAGUGUGUCAUGUGGCGUUUGUUCGCUCCGUUUGAUUGGUCAGGUUUGGGUGCGCUCCCUAUAAUCACCAGCAUGUCCAGCAGACUGCUUGGCAUAGUUUAGACAAAGAAGAAACAGCUUGACUGGUGGUGGUCAUGGCGGACGUGGAGAUUAGUGGCGGUACCAAACAAAUGGAGGCAGACCCACCCAACACGAGGAAGAGGAGGAGGAACUCGUUCUAAAAAAAGGGCGCAAGUCGCGACAUCAGUCGUCUGGAGAUUCUUCGGAUUUAGAAAAUCCAACGAUGAUCAAGAAACAAAACUAUGUAAAGAGUGUGGUGUGUCUGUCGUUGUUGGAGGAGGAAACACCAACAACCUCUUCCUCCUCCUAAAGAUGAAACACGCCAAACUCUGUUAUGAGAGACUAAAGAUGCCUGACGCACCUGCUGCACCAAAAACUGAACCUGCAGCAGCUCCUCUCAGACUGAAGAGCUCGGCAGAGUCUUUAUCGAUGCUGCUAACAUGUUUACUGUAAAUAUGAGCUGUUCAGAAUGAGUGUGUUUUUGGAGUCAGCCUCAAGUGGACACUCAAGGAACUGCAGUUUUAGUGCUUCAGCUUCAUAUUUCUAAAACAUCCCGGUGAAAACUUCUUCUUCUUCUCCUCUCAGAAUUCUUGUUGCACAUGUUUUUUUCUGUUCUUCUUCUCUGCACAUACUCACAUAUGUCACAUACCAUCAGGACCGUGUCUGACUGUGUGGGCUGAUAAUCGUUUAAUGGAGGUAGGUGAGGUUUCAGAAUGAAGAGGCCAAGUACGACUGUUUCUAAAGGCUGAUUUUAAAGCAUCCUUCUCAGCUCAAGGCAACAUCUGACGUUAUAUUAUCAGCGUGAUCCUGCUGCUCUGAAUGAAAGGUAUAACAUAAACCAUCCGACUGAGAAACAUCAUUUCUGAGAGGCUGAGGAAGCUGCGAGGAAGACCAGACGGCUUUACCGAGUCUAUUUAGGAUUCAGCGAGGAACGGAGGCAACAAAGAGCAUCGGUGUUUCUGUUACAAACAGAUUUACGGACCUCAGCUUCAGGUCAGCAGGUUGUUGUCAGGAAAGAGCAGCUCUGUUUACUCAGACUUAAAGAUUCCCCAUAGUUGUUGGAUAGACGAGGCACUUUCAGACCGGAGCAGCUGCAAUAUCUGGUAAUGGACUGUCUGCAGAGGAAGAGUUCCUGUAAGUGAUUGAAUCUUCGUCUCUCUACCUUUAAAGCUCUGCAGAGAGUGCCAAGAUGAUUGAGAGGUGAGAUUAUGUGAGUGUGCCUACAUGCUUUCACUCAAAACAUGUCGAAUGUGGCAGCUCGGUCUGCAGCCCUGAGUUUAGAGAGAGGACAGUAGAGCUUCUGCAGCUGAAGUGGGAAAAACACGCAGGUCAAAACAGAAACACAGACGCUCAGUUUGACUGAUGAUAAAGCCGCCGAGUUACAACAAUAUAUCUAUAAAGAUUUAAACAAAGGAUAAGGCUUACAUUAGGGACGUCCUGAUAUUGAUGUCAGAUACCAGAAGAAAAACAAAUAUCGGAUUAUAUCGGCCUGCAUCUAAAAUCUCUGAUACAAGCAGUCCGUUUGUGCCAAUAUCGGAUCAAUAUCGGUAUCGUAUCAGAAGUUGCACCAGCACUCCCCUGGCCCACAUCAGGACUUGUACUCUGCUCGCUCACCAAAACCAUGUUAGUGACUUCUGCACCAAUUAUGUAACUAAUUCAGCAUCUGCUUUAAGAUUGGCUACUUCGGUACCGCCCCUAAUCCAUUCUUGAUCAUGAUUGGCUGUGGCCUUGUCAGGGGUGGGGCCUGUUUUUAAAUCAGUCAUAUUGGAAUAUGCUGCAGUAUUAUAAACUGAGAUAUUAACUUAAAUUUUGGGUUGAAACGGUUCCUCCUCCCAAAACUCCGGUUGUUGUGAAUAUUUUCAUGAAGUGCUGAACAGCCGUACAUGCCUAAUAACCGUCAUUUACCAACAAUAAAACACAACAAAUUAAAAUUUAAUUUCUCAAGUAAUAAUUGAAUAAUUUAUCAGAUCAUGCACUUAGAGAGAGCUGCUGCACUGAGACACAGAGGAGCUGUUUGUUUCCAGACGUACAGAGCUGAAGGCUUUUCUCAACGUUUCACUGAUUUGAUUUAAAGAACGUGUCAAACCAUAAACUUCCUGUAAAUGAGGAGAAUUCAUUUGUGACCUUUGCUGUUUUCAUGUUUAUUUCCAUAUAUGUAAAGCCAGUAAAAGCAGCAGAGUCCUCCCUGUGACUCAGUCCAGAGUGAACCUCCUUUAUAACUUGUCGGAGACCACCCAGCAGAUUCACUCACUCAUAGUAGACUCCAGCUGACCUCUAAGUGUGAGCGUCACCUUUUCACCGUUUUUCUGGGACAGACACUAACAAAGUGAAAGGAUUCGUCUUUUAGUUUCUGCGUGCACCUCCUCUUUUACCCCCCUCCCUGCAGAAGCUGGUCCCCAUGGAGACCAUAAAGUCUCCUGUCUAAAGUUCAGUGUUUGUUUUCCCGUCCAUCACCCUCGCCCUGCAGCCUGAUCCACUCUCACUCACAUUACUUCACAUCACCUGUCGGUCAGCGCCACAUCUGAACAAGAUUGAAGUCAGCUGAGUGAAAUGAUAACUUUAUUUUCUGACAUGUCUGCUGUUCCACCAAUCCUCCCUCCGUUGUUGUGCGUCUGAAAACGCCGCUGCAGGUCGGGGGACAGGUUGCACGCACAGACGGGCUGCCAGUGUUGUGUGAGACAAAGUGUGAAGUAAUAUGAAUCCUGGUCAGACUGGUAAUACACUCCUAUCACACAGAGAGGAGGCGAGGAGGAGGAGGAGGAGGCGAGGGAAGGGGCAGAGAGGAGCAGAGGCAUGAAGAGGCGAGGGCAGCGGGCUGAGAGAUGAAAGCUGAGGGUCCUUUUCUUCUUCUGCUUCCUAUCAAUUGUCACUUUGUUCUUCCUGCUGUCUGCACGCCGCUCUCCCUCUCCGCAGCUCUCCUGAUCUUUGCUGUUUGACUCUGUGGCCUCUGAUCAUCCCGUAGCCUUCAGCCUCGCCGCCACGGAGGUGAAAACGGCGCACAGAGAGAACAGGAAGUUUGUGGAGAAAUAAUAGCGGCCCUCUCAUUUCUCGUAAGAGUGUAAUGAUCCUCUUGAAUGGAUGAGUCAAUCGUGUUACAGACAUGUUUCUGUGGUCGGGGAGAUGGGAAACAGAGCUGCAGGCCAGCCAUAACCCUCUCUCUCUCUCUCUCUCUCUCUCUCUCUCUCUCUCUCUCUCUCCGUUUCACAGGAAACAAGAUGGAAGGAUUCCUCGCCUCUCUGAUGAAGUAGAGCACUCCUCACUCUCAGACUCCCACCCUCCGUUUCCUCUCCCCUCGCUCUCAAAGGUAACACGAGUCUUUGACCCGCUGCUCUUCUUCUUUCCUUUCACUGUUUCUGGUAUCAGGCGCAGAAAAAGAGAGAGAGAGAGAGAGAGAGAGGGUGUAAAAAAACCUGAUCUGAUAAAAGUGAGAAUCUGAGGAUGAUGAAGGAGUUUUCACACGACCCUCAGCAGACGUUCAGACGUGUGAGGAAAGGUGUGAUCUGAGGAUAAUGAGCGAAUCGUUUCUAUCUGUCGGUUUGAACAAUUAAAAAACGAGAUUUUGUCUUUGUGAUCCAAACCGGCUCUGAAUGAGAAACCUGCUCUGAUAGGCUGACGGACUAGAGCUGAAAUAAAUAGAGUUUAAACACAGAAACUGCAGAGAGUUUACGAAUAAAAGUCAGUCAGUCACAUGAUCUGAGAAAUGACCAUAAAAUGUUCACAUGCACACGAGUCUCAACACCGAAAUCUUCACCUAGAAAAUGUUCAGAACAGAGAGGCAGAUAUUUCAGCAUCUACACCUGUAGCUCUAUAGUGGACGGUAAAUUAAUCUCUCGAAGAACUUAAACGGUGUUACAGACCACUCAAUCUUUGUUUCACUGAUGUUAAUUUUCAACAAAAACAAGUUAAAGACAGUAAAAGACCUUCACAUGUAUGAAGGACCAAAUCAGAGGAAGACCUUCAUCAGUGAAUCCACUCAGAACUUCACUCUGCAGCUGUAGAUGUUUGUGUCUGAGUGAAAGGACUGAACACAUGAUCCUAUUACAGGACAUAUCAUUUAUGGUUAUGUGCUUUUUUAUCAAACUGAUUUUAAUGUAAGUUUUCAACAUUUUUACAAAGACACUCAAAAAGCAAAACAUGAUCGAUAAACUAUUGAAGUUGUAAAAGUUUCAUUUAUUCUGUGAUCACAACAGGAGAUCCAUUUUUAUUCAUGUCAUAGCUUCAAGAAAACUAUUUACAACUAUUUAAAACUGUUUAAGAUUGUUUAAAACUAUUUAAAAAAAACUAUUUACAACUAUUUAAAACUGUUUAAGAUUGUUUAAAACUAUUUAAAAAAAACUAUUUACAACUAUUUAAAACUGUUUAAAACCUUUCAAAACUAUUUUAAAAAACUAUUUACAACUAUUUAAAACUGUUUAAGAUUGUUUAAAACUAUUUAAAAAAAACUAUUUACAACUAUUUAAAAACUACUUAAAGCUAUUUGAACUAUUUAAUGCUAAAAACUAUUUAAAACUAAAAAAAACUUUAUAAAAGUUUACAAAACAGUUAUAAUUCCCUGAUGUUAAUUAUAAAAUUGAUGAGUUAAUGUUAUAAUUAACCGAUCACAUCAGUCCUGCUCCUCUCUGUUCUUUUAAAUGUGGUUUAUAUUCAUAAUACAUCGUUGAUAAAACACACGUUGGUUUUUGACGUCCAUCCUUCCCGUUCCCUGCUCUCGCCAUGACUGUGAGUCUGUCGGCUUGGCGAUAGUCCGGUCCCAUGUGACCAUCCACAUGGUUUUGCUUGCUUGGCGGUUCCCCGGGUUUCCCUGAUCCAGCAGGACGAGCGUUUGUAGAGUUAAUGUUUUCAGAUCUGGGCGCCUCGAAAACUUCGAGAUGGUUCAAAGAUGGAGGAGCAGAUUUCUGGAUGUGGUCCGUUCAUGGGAUCAGAUGACAGAGAGUCAGAUCAGUAUUUGGCGUUAGUCAGAGUGUGAGUCCGGUACACCGAGUUAUUUCUGGCUCUGACACCGUGGUACCAGUCCAUUCCCACCCUCGGUGCGUCUGUGCAUUUUAAUUCCCUCCUGGUUUCCUCCCUCCCUCCCUCCCUCCCUCUCUCCCUCUUCUUUAGCACAUCAUCAUCCUCGAGCCGUAAUAACGCCGCAGUGACAGGUGCCCCUCCCCCCCUCACCCUGCUGUGCCUGACAGAAGGGUCCGCGCCCUCUGUCAGCGGCCUGUGGGACAAAUAUAGAUCUGCAGCAGUUGUUUCUUUGGGGGACAUGCCAUAGGAGACACACUGCUGUUAUUCUAUUUGGUGACCAUGCAGUGGAAACACGAUUUGUAAAGGAUCAGUCAUCAGCGGUUCGACAUGGAGACGCUCAGAGUCGACUCUCAGAGGUUUAACUGCGGCUGGUUUUGUUUUGUGAAUCUGACUCUAUCAGGUGUCCAGAAUAGAUUCUGUUUGUGUCUGCGGGGAGGAGGAGGAAGUUCACUGAGAGAUUUAUGAUUUCACACAACAGGACUGUCGGAGCCAAAAGUCCAAACGAGUGUUUACAGUUUUAUUGUCAGCGGUUAAAGCUCUUAAAGUAGAUCAGAGAUAGAGGAGUGCUGACGUAGACCGGAGACAAGUGUAGAUACACACAGAGUAGAUGUUUGAUGAAGGAAAUGCUGAGAAUACUUUAAAGGAAGGAUGAUAUUCUCAUUAUUGUACAUUUACAUUUGAAAAGGUGCUGUCUUUGCCUUUUUAUUGGACUUCAUCAUCAUGGUCUGCAUGUUGCAGGAGAUAAAUGUGAAUAUACUCAUAAAACCAAAAAUCUACUUGAAGUCAUAAAAAAUUUACAACAGUUUUAAUGUUAAUGAAUGUUGUACAUGCAGUUUUUUUUAAGGAAAUCGAAGGUUUUAGUGAUUUUCAAACAAUCAAAGUCUGUUUCUAAUGAACAUUUUAAAGGUUCCUGGAAAUAAAUGUUGUAAUGAUGAGAUUCUCAGAGUUCUAUGAUGUGUUGUUGUGAACGGUCUCUGAUCCGUACAUGUGCUUUUACAUUUUAAAAUGAGUCCCACGUCGGGUUAGUCUUAAAGAGGAACUCCACCGAUUGGACACAUCAGAGUCUGUUUAACGCUCUCACCGAGAAAAAAGAAAAGUUGUGAGAGGACUUUAGUGGUUCAGGAAGUCGGAGAAAUCGCCCGGAGUGAUGAUGUAAUUUAGCUGAAAGUUUGAGCGGCAAAUCUGAAAGUGAUCUGAGGGCGGGGGGGCAAAAGUUAUCAGCUGUUAGCAGGAAGUUGUGCGGCGUUUUUAGAUCUGUGGAUCCACGAGUAAGAGGGACGUUUCAAACAAAAGGUCUCUCAGGUUCUGCUCCACCUGUUAGAGUUAAAUCUGUGAUUUUAUGAUGGCUGUAUUUUCAGACGCUUCAUUAAUACUAAAGUCAAGCUGCCACCUCUUCUCUCUUUCAUCGGCGUUAAAAGGCCUCUUAUAAAUUCAGCUGCUUUAGGCUGAACAUACGGCGCUCUAGCUUUUUAAUCCCUCAGUGGUUCAAGUGGCAGCGAUGUUUUAUACAUACUAAUGCACGCCAAACGUUCAUCAGACUAAAGCGACCGGCGAUUAGACGGAGGGAACCGUCUUUGUCUGACCUGCGUUAAAGACGGACUUAAAGGUGGAGGAGGCAGGAAUCUGUUAAAGAAGCAUUUAAAAGGUUUUAAUAUCAGUCAAUAGUUAUUAGUUAUUGAUGACAUUUGGUAAUAUAUCGAUAUCUCUGUGUUCUCUUAUGUCUGUGUCGUCAACAUUUGAACAUUUUUGAGCGGUCCGCUCUUUCUGACUGUAAACAAAGCCGUUCUCCACCUCCUCUAACCUGAUUGGUUGUGAGGCAGACGCCGCUCCCCCGUGUCGUUCAGGAGCCCAAACAAAGUUAGCGUGCUACAAUAUCGGACAGUAGAAACCAACCAGAAAGUUCGGAAAAUUGUCUGAAUCCUCCUUUGGCCACGACUGCCGACACAAGCGAGAAAACAAAGUAAAUACCGGAGACUCUGGAGGAAUAACGGGCGCUUAAAACGGAGGUAGACCGGACAAGAGCUAAAAAGCCGGGUCAACAUAAACGAUGGGGGACGCUUGGGGAUCUUGGUGACCCUGUAACCUUUCUGCUGGACAGGUAAACCGCUUUAACAAAGUAAGACAAGUGUCUGUAACAGAAGUGUUUCUUGUCAAACGGACCUGCUGUAGCGUGUUGUAGCGCCAUCGCUAAACUGUCCUCCCUCGGGUCCUGGACUAUGUCACUUUAUCCUCGUUGUAGAAGUCCUGCAAACAUUGUGUUUGCUGGUAGUCUGUUGGCAUCUACAGUAGCACCAAUGCUUUUGACUUUCACCUUGACUGGGCCCCAUUUGUAAUGAUCUGAAGGAUUUAUCUGCAUUAUAUCUGAAUUUAACUGGAACGAUACGAGCGAGCAGGAGCGUCUGUUUGUGGGCGGGGCUUAGGAGAGGGAGAGGAGGAGCUGAGGGGAGAACUGGUUGGGAGGGGUAGAGUUUACAUUCAAGAUUUCUCCUAAAAACUGGAACUAACUCAGACCCUGACUACAACACCUUUAACGUGUCCAGAAAAAACUGAUUUGUUGGACUUCAGCUCCCUGACUAUUAACAGGCUCAUCUCUGAAAAGGGGGCCUGAGGGGCCAACUAAGUGAGCCCCCCCCCCCCCCCAGGGGCCACAGAAAGGUCAGGAUCUCCUCUGUGGAGUCAGACCUCAUUGAUCGAGUCUCUUUGAAGACGAGUUUUCUGCUGCUCGCCCACAGAGGGUCCGGGAGCGAGUGGGCGGGUGGAUUUCUCUAUGGAUGCAAAUUAUUGACGAUUUCUCCACGGAAACUCAAACCGCGAGGAGUUGAUGAAAUCCUGGAGUCCGAGCUUUACGCCUCAGCUCUUCAGAAAGUUCUGGACUCGUGGGUCCUGGAUGGAUGUUAAUUCUCUCAUAUGUAUUCUCUCUCACACUGGAUUCUGACCCGUUCAACCAAGAGAGGAAACUGUUGAUUCAUGAAUCAGUUAUUAGUGCACUGCAGCAUCUAUCGACACACACACACACACACACACACACACACACACACACACACACACACACACAUAUAUAUAAAUCCACUGUGAAUGCUUAUAAUCAGCUCAGAGCUGUGCGGCCCUGCAGCCUCUCAGGCAUUAAACAGAGGGAGUCGAUUCACCGCAGUGGCGGUGGCGGUGGCGGCGGCGGCGGCUCCAUAUUGUCUCGGAGGUCAGACCAAACAUGAACAGCUUCAAAUACUUAAAAGCCUAAAAACCAGCCCAGACACUUCCAAGUUAUCCUGCUCUUAAAAACCUGAACAUGAAACUGAAUUACUGGAGGAAAAAAAACUCACAGGAUGAAAUCUAAUCAUCAUCUUUACACAUCUGUGUAUCAUCGUUCACUCCGGUGUAAGACAAGGUCUAAACCAGGGGUCGGCAACCCGCGGCUCUGGAGCCGCAUGCGGCUCUUUCUUCCCUAAGCUGCGGCUCCCAAUGGAUUUGGAAAAUAAAUAAUAAAUACUUAUAUUGUAUAUAUAUUAUAAUAAUUGCAUUUUAUUUUAUUUUAUUAUUAUUAUUUUGUAAUUCUAAAUUCAAAGAUUAUAAUGCUCUUGUAACAUUAAAUAAACUAUUAAGGCUGCAACAACGAAUCGAUUAAGUCGAUUUAUUGUGACGAAAAAAUUUGUUGCCAACAAAUUCUGUAAUCGAUUCGUCGGGUCUUUAUAUAUGCCCAUGGACACCGGCGUGUAAACAUCAGCAGGACGCACAGAAAAGAAACAGCCAUGGCCGAGGCAGCGGCUGAGAAAAACAUGGACACAACCCAACCCAAAUCCCGACCUAAAACAUCAGUGGUGUGGGAAAACUUCACCAAGACUGAAAAGGAAGGCGUUCAGUGCAACAUUUGCAAAGCCCGUUUUGCAUGGCUCGGGAGUACAUCGAUGAUGCGUGAGCACAGGGCUCUCAAGUCUCACGCAUUCAGCGUAUGACACGCGCAUUCCCACUCAUUCACACGCUCACACACCACACAUUGUAUUUCUCACGCAUUUAAAUGAACACGGUGAUGUCCACCAAGUUGCACUUCUUCAACUAUGGGACUGGGGGAAAUCAACUGAGUUCCUCUGAGAGUUCAGAAGCUGCGUGCCACGCACAAGCCAAUCAAAUAAAGUAUAUCUACUGAACAGCCAAUCAAAAAGCAGCAUUGCUGUAUCCGGGUAGAUUUUGAUAUCUUGCGGUUUAACUACAGAAGAAGACAGACACUCGCCGAAAUAGUUCAUUUAUUUCAUAAAUGCAACUCGCUACAGUUUUUUAUAUACUUUGUAUAAAGGAAAAAAAAAAGAUAUAUGUAAUGUUAUCUUCAUUUUAGAUGUCAAAGAGGUUUUGUGGCUCCCUGUGUUUUCUUUUCUGUGGGAAACUGGUCCAAGUGGCUCUUUGAGUGUUUAAGGUUGCCGACCCCUGGUCUAAACAGACAGAUCAUGGUCCGGUCUAAAUCCUAGAUUAUCCUUCUGCAUGUUUGGUGAAUAUAGAUCCCGUCGACCACAACAGUCACUCAGAACCAAACGAGCAGGUUAACUUUCAGGACUUUAACCACACGAUCACCAUCAAGCGUUUCGUUUCACAGCUGAUCCCAGAUCAGCUCCCACAGUGUCUGUAUCCGAACACUCGUUAGUGUCUCCCUCACUUCUUCACAUCAUUUUUACAAUUAAACACGGAUAACCCUCCGAGUAUGUAAUUGGUCUCCAGCUCAGCUCUCAAAUCCCAGUUUGACAUUCAGCUAAAGCCGUGUCUAGACAUGAAGGAGGAGACGUCUGAUAAUGAAGUAGAACCUCAUGAUGAGAGCGCGGCCGAAACCAAGAAACAAACGCUCUCCGAUGAACCUGGAUGUUGGUCCGGGUGGUUUCGGGUGAAGUUCAGGAAACACAGUUUUGGUUUUCGAGACAUGAACAAAGGUUUCGAUCGUGUUUGGUUUAUUCAUUUCUUCAGUCCUGUUUUAUUUUAAACUCGUCAACUUCUCCUUCUUCUGUUUACUUCCUUUUCAUUUUUCUCAGAGGAAAUCAGCUGACUGCGUUUAUCUUCAGUGUGAACUUUCAGGGUCACGAUCGGUCCUUUAAGAGGACGGUUCGGUGUUUGUGGAGAUCUGGUGUUGUCCUGUUGGAGAAAUCAGCACCAUAAGAGGAACAGCUCCACCUCCGUCCUCCAUCUCCUCCUCCUCCUCCUCCUCCUCCUCCUCUGUUGUCUCUGAUCCCUCAUGUCAGACCAGGACUGAACCGUGCACAGAUGGUCCUGAACUGGGCCGCUCAGAUCUCCCCUGGUGGAGGUGAUAAGACAUGGAGACUUUCACGUUGUUGGAGGACAUGAUUCUUCAGUGGAAAGACCCUGAUGUAGACCCUGAUGUAGACCCUGAUGUAGACCCUGAUGUAGACCCUGAUGUAGACCUUGAUGUAGACCCUGAUGUAGACCCUGAUGUAGUCUUCUUGGAGUGCUUCACCAGUUUCUCAGCUGUCCCUGUUCAUGGUGUCUCCUCAGACCUGUCUUUAGGAUCACUUCAAAGGGGGUCAGUUUUUGGUGUUAUUGAAUAAAACAUUUAGUCUUUCUGGUCCCUCCCUGUGGUUUCUGAGGAGAUGUUCUGAAGCCAAACUGUGGAGAUCUCCUUCAUAGAAAACCUGACUGUUGGUCCACCUGUUCAAAACUUUCAACCUUCAGAUCCUUCAAACCUGUGAGCUGUAGGAGAAGAUGACUCUGUCUGAGGGACCAAACUCAUCUUCACCAGGCUGUAAACACGUGUCUGUAAUAACAGACGUUUCACUUUGGUGUCACUGGGAUCUCCUGGACUGUUACAGACAAGUGGACAUUUGAAGAACUGCAGUCCGUUCAGAUCUUCUUCUACUAUCAGUGCUGCUUAAUGAUGAACCUCACUGAAGUUUGAUUGGACCUAACUGAAUCGGGGCCUGGCGUCUGUUGAUGACGUCACGCGAUAUGAUUGGCUGGAAGUUGGUUUGAAUGACGUAGAAAGAUUGUGAUUGGUCAUGACAAAAUACAGAAGCAGUUUCUGCUGAAUUAGGUUUGAUGGGAUUGUAGUUCUUCAGAGAAAACAUGGACGACUUUUUCAUUUAUCGUAACUUAUCAAAGAGGACUAAAGACAGUCGGAGCCCCGCCUCUUUUAGGAAAUGUGGAAUAAAAACUGUUGAAUGAUAAACGGAGAUCCUGCAAACAUUUAACUUUUCUUCUUCCUUUUAGAAAAGUUCACAUCUACAAUUAAAGACGUCUAAAAAUGACAGAACAGUCUGUCGUAAUUCUCUGUAUUAUAUGGAGACGAAGGUUCGAGGUCGACUGAACAAAGUAGUGUGACGUCUUCAACAGGCGGGUCAGAGUUCUAACCGGUUCUUCUGCUGGUCUCUCACCUGACUCUGAAUCAGCUGGAGGUCAGCUCAGAUCUAGAGUUACCUAGAUUGACUGUCUUCAGUUACAGCAGCUUUGUUUUUUUACAUUGAGGCCGGUUCAGAGCCUGCGGCGCCUCAAACUCACGCUAAAGCACAACAAGAGCGUCUGAACGAGUCCCUGAAGGCCGUGACCAAGAGGCUCUAACUGAAGACCGGGGUCUGAGAUCAGGUCAUGCAGGGUGAGCCCCCCCCUCAGCAGUGCUUGUGUAGAUUCUUCAUGUCACUUAUCAUGAGCAUACCUGAAGAUGCAGAGGGUCGUUCACUCGUCCGAGCGCCUGUCCAGAAAUAGACGCUCAUAAUCAGCCCUCCUGAUCUAUAAGAGCUCUGCUGCUGCUGCUGUAACUGAGCCACUUCUCAACAUGAGCGGAGACUGAGCACUGACGAUGUCUGUGUGUGUGUGUGUGUGUGUGUGUGUGUGUGUGUGUGUGUGUGUGUGUGUGUGUGUGUGUGGACUUUGCUUCAGUGGUUAAAGAAAUGUGAGCGUCUGAAUCAGGGAGGGGUGUUUACGGCACAGAAGCUUGAGAAAUGAGAGAUAAAGAAAAAAGAGGAAGAAGAGAGUUAUAGAAAAAGAGAACUACAUGAGUGUGUGUGUGUGUGUGUGUGUGUGUGUGUGUGUGUGUGUGUGUGUGUGUGUGUGUGUGUGUGUGUGUGUGUGUGUGUGUGUGUGUGUGUGUGCAUUGAAAAGAGAAGAUAGCUUUUCCGAGCACACAGGGAGGGGAUAAACAUUGUUCCACCCGUCUGUCUACUUCCUAUUGAACAGCUGUGUGUGUGUGUGUGUGUGUGUGUGUGUGUGUGUGUGUGUGUGUGUGUGUGUGUGUGUGUGUGUGUGUGUGUGUGUGUGUGUGUGUGUGUGUUUGGCAGGGUGGGGGGUGUGAAAAAAGGGAAGGAAGGAAAUCAUAUCCUCACAUUACGGCACAUGCUUUCUCAGCCUCCACGCUGAUAUAUGGAUUCAGACGGAGGACAGCCGUCUAGUUUCUCCCCCUCUCAGCUCGCCGUCUGAGUGACAGGGUUUGUGCGAGGUGUCACCGUCAAUCUCACCUCUCUCCUCGUAGCCGACGGUAUUAUCAACACCUGCGUCUUCCCCGGCUCGCCUGCAUCCAGAAAGAAAGAUGACAGGACUCAGAGUAGGUAGGAAUUUCUCGGUGGACGGACUCCUCAGCGGUCCCCCCGCUCGGCCUUUUCUCAAGAGACGCUGCCUCAGUGAUGUGAGUACUUUUUUUUUUUCACCUGCUCGAAGUGAGAGAUUGUGUUCGCUCCAGUUACUGCGGCGUGUUUCAUUCUUCAGGUUGCUUAGAGACUGAAAGUAGUAUUUGUUUGGUUCUGCAGAACAGCAGAUAUUGGAUUUUUACACGUUGUACAGAAUGACGGACACUAUGGUUCAGAUUUGAUCCCCUCAGAGAUGUGGUUCUUUUUUUUUAUAACCUGUUAUCUCCAAAAACAAGUUUAUAAGUACUGCGUGUACUUCAGGUACUACGCUAGUUAGUCAGUCAUUGACAGAGCGAGUGAAUCGCUGACCAGAGUGAAAACUGUUACUGAAAGGAAAGAAAAAACAAACAAACAGGAAUAAAAUAAAAUAAAAUCCAACAUUUAGAUUUUUAGGAGUGAUAGAGCAAACAUCACGUUUCCUGUCCGGAGGCUGGCUGACGCUUCUCGUUGCUAAAUCCCCAAUAUUAAAACUGGCGACCAAAAACCUUUUUUGGUUUGAUUCGAGGACCUCGCUCAGUUUUAAGAUUUCUUUAUUUUUUCGACAUUAAUCAUCAGUGUCUGUAUAUUUAAACAGCAGCAGACCAGAGUUAUAGAAAUAAAAAACAUUAACAAAGAUUUAGAGUUUGAUGAUUUUUAGCAGAAGAUAAAAGUCGACACAGUCCAAACAUUCAUUAAAGCUCCAGUGAAGAACUCGUGGUUUGCGUUGAUUUUAGCGCCCCCUGUGGUCAAAGUGAUACCACUUUGCUGAGCUUGUCCCAUAUAUGUUUUUGGUAAAUACACUCAUCCUGUCAAAUGUAUCAACAGCUGUAAAUCUUUACUAUGGGCGAGGUUUAAAAUGGCGUUUCCAUCAUGACGACUGAACACGUAAAUAACCGACUUUACAAACGUCAUGAUUGUUGAUCGUUGGUUAAAAAAGCAUCAGAGGUCAUUUUAGUCUGAGUAUCUGAAUACUUCACUGUUUGUUUUCACCAAACUGACCCGAGCAGCACCAGGAGCUGGACCGGGUCAGGGUCAGGGUCGGUGUUCGAGAGGGUUUUAUUACAGGUUAUGUAAACACAGGUGUGUGUGUUUUAGAUGAUGUCUAUGAGAGGAGGUUUAUAUGAACUCACAGGUGGGAUUUUUCCUGGUCGUGAGUGUUUGAGCCCCGCGGUAAAUUGAAGCUGUCAUGUGGAAACAUCAGCCUGGCACUUCAGUCCACUUGUGUUUCAUGGUGAACGGAGGUCUCGCCCCCACAACAAGCAGUGCCAUCAGGGUGACUCUGAUCCUCUUCAUCUGGGGCUGGAGCUGCUUCAGAUCCAGAACUUGUCCUCUUUAGAUGAGACGUGUUCUCCUGACGCUGUUUACCUCGACUUAAAGCUGAAGCUAAUUGGAAAACAGAUUAAAUUCAGUCUGUGGUUCUGCAGGGUGGAGGUGUGAGUGUAAAUCCUGGAGCUGGAUUUAAGCCUCUUUGUCUAAUGAGAGUAUCAGAACACAACCUGGAGAAAUAUGAAUGAAUGAAAUCAAUCAAGAUUUCAUACUCGGUUUAUUAGCAGACGGCUGUCAGCACCUUAUGUUUGAAGAAAUCACCUCCAUUUGAAGCGAUUGUUUAUAAGCGGUUUCAAGUUUGUUUGUUUUUUUGCAUUUAUGUCCAUUUUUGAGAAGUUUUAAUCUGGUUUUAGAGAUUUUCAUGCUUCAACAUCAACAUUGCCUGUGGUGUCCCCCAGGGUUCAGGUUCUGGUCCAGUUAUAUUUCUUAUCCUAUACUGUCCCCUCAGUGCCGUAAAGUUUCCUUGCAUCGAUAUGCAGAUGACUCACAGAUAUUCCUGUCAGUGACGUUAACUGUUGGACAAACUUUCUUCAUCUGAACUGAUGCAGCUGAAGUUUCUAAACCUGAAGAGUGACCUUAGUCUUUGUGCAGAAAAACAGACAAAGAGACGCUGAUAAACAAAGUGUAGAUAAAGUAAAAUAAACUCUGAAGGUUGUUUGGAAAAGGAGCUGAACAUGAAAAGACAAAAUUUAUGAUUGAGCAAAUUUUAAAGAAAAUAAGGAAAUAAAAACUCUGAGGUGAAAUGAGCUCCACUCCUUCCUGUGUUACCAGAGACGACCUGAUCCCACACGUCCGGAUUUCAGGUUGUUCUGGAAACAAAGAAAACAACAACUUUUUUUUUCUUUCUUUGAGUCUUGACCAAUCAGAGCUGAGUAUUUUACACAGGCAGCCAACAACCACAGAAGUUUACGGAAGAGGAAAAGGGCCACUGGCAAAAUAAAAAAAAGUCUGAUAUAAUUUUUUAAUUAUUAUUCUGAGAAAAAAGUGAGAUUUCUGACUUCAACCUCAGAAUAAUAAUUUCUUUAUUUCCAGUGGCCCUAAUCCUCCUCCGUAGAAGUUUAACCCUGUCUCUUUUUAAUUAAGACAGUUCUUCCUCUGUGAAUUUAUUUUUCCUUAUUUUGUUGACUGACCUGAAACAGCUGUCAUAAAAUCAUCAAACUGACCAAAAACACAAAAAAACAACUUUAACCACAGAGGGUUCAAAAUAUAACAUCGUCUAAGUGACGCCAUCCAUUAAAGGGGAGUUUUGAAGUCUAUUUAAAGGAGCCGCCAUUCUGGAAACACUGAGUCAGACUAAAUUUGAUCUAAUAAAAGACCACUGAGAGCUAACCCCUCGAUUAUGUCAGCCAUGCCUCCAAUAUGCUGUUAGUUCAAAGAUACCUCUGUGCCGUGUGUUUAUUUAUUUACUUAUUGAUAGAAUAUUUAUGACAGACAGAGUUUGGUACAGCGUUCACAUUUUAUUUUGAAAGUGUUUGUUGAGUGUGUGUGUGUGUGUGUGUGUGUGUGUGUGUGUGUGUGUGUGUGUGUGUGUGUGUGUGUGUGUGUGUGUGUAGUGAAACUGUAUCCUUCGGUUCUGUCACCUCGGCAGUAUAAACCCCGUCUGUCUCUUUAACACGAGUGUUUUCCAGCCUUCAAGUCUCCAUGUCUCCGGUCUAAUCGGGCCGUGCAGUCAGGUGAGCGGUUGGCUGUAGCAACAGCGAGGAGCGCCUCAGAGCUUUGAGCGCGGCGCUCCCUCAGGGUGACGACGUGUUUACUGCAUGUUUGUCUUUAAGUGUGGAGGACCGAUUCUCCUGGACUUGGACUCAGUCGGUCUCUCUGAGGUGGUUUUCGAGUCAGGUGGUCUUUAUAAAGGAGUGUGGUCAGAUGUUAGAGGGGGUUAGAGAUGAAAUGAAGAAGACUCCUGAUGGAGGUGAAGGAUGAGCAGAGAGAGAACAUCCCAACCAUCAAACCCAUGUCCAUGUUUGGAUCUGUGUCCCCUCUCUUCCUCAGACCUCGGACCUGUUCGCCAUGAUCGAGAGGAUGCAGGUACGCUCUUCUCUCUGCUGCCUGAACUCGCCCGCUCCUCCUCACUUUAAGCUUGAAUCAGAAGCUGCCCUCAGAUUUCGCUCACUUCAGACACAAAACUUCUUUGAUUUCUGUUUCCAGACUCUCGUUCGCUCCUUUUCCUGCUUCUCUAAAAUCCCAGAUCUUAAACACGCUGCUGCAGCACCUCUAAACGCUCGUCCACGUCUCCCUUUCUUUGUUUUUUCUCUUUUUUGGUCUUUGCAGUCGUGACAGCUGGCGCCCGCCUUUACCAACCUUAAGCUUGUGAAUGUGUGGCACAGAGCCUUUGUGUUUUCUCUGCACAGCUGUGUAGUUCUUGCCUUUUCUCCGUGCGUGAUCAGAUGUGUGAAAUGAUUUCUAAUGUGUCGAGAUGGAUUUGUAGGAUUGUAGUUUGUCUUGCAGCCCAGGAUUUUCAAUUUGUUACACCAACCAAAAGCGAGAACAUUGGAUUUAGAAUAAGCCAGUAAGAAGAGGAAAUAGAAUUCAGACUGAAGCUCCGUCUUUACUCAGACAGUUCUCCUCUGACAGGAUUAUUAUUCAGUUUCACAGCUUUGGUUUUGGACUCUGCAAACUGACAGCGCUGCUUUUGUCUUUUUCAAGUUAGUGUUCAGGUCCAGGGUCACGACUACCCUCUGGAAAUCCAGUCUGCAACCACUCACCUGGUUCCUCACCCUCGAUGACGUCUUAGUCAGAGCUCCACAAACUCUUCUUCUGCCUCUUAGUUCAGUCUUCUUGUUGCGCCAACACUUUGGACUUUUCAUCAGGAGGUCACGAGGUUUCCCAGACAUCACGACAACAGAUGAAGUGAUCCUUUCUCAGAGCUGAUGGGUCCCACGCUGUCUGACCUCGGCCUAUAGUUUGGUUUUAUAAGGACCAGCUGAUGCACUCAUAGCUGAGCUUGACGUUGCAGCCUGCCUGGACUAGCUCUAUACUCAAUUAAAGGCCAUAAAAAUGCGUUAAUGAAAACCCCAAAUACACUAUUAGCGUCUGAAGCGUCUGUAGAGACUGGGACAGCACCAAACCGAAGCACAGACACACUCAUUAACUCACAUCAGUUCUGGUUCAUUCAGAGGCAUAUCUGGUGUGUUCUAGAUCUAUACUGUUUGGAUAUUCGAUCUAGUAUUUUACUUUGUUGACUCUCGGUUGUAAAGCAACAGCCACAAACUUUAUUAUUAGAAACUCUCGUUUUCCAGCGAACAGUGAAGGAACUGAAACUGAAAAUGGGAAAUUUGUCCUCAGAGUGUUUCUGCGUGAUUCACCCCCCGAUCAGAUCUGAUCAGUUUCACGUCACGCUGCAGGGUUUUGGACGAUCUGAGGGCCACUGAUCAGGAAAGCUUCGUUACUCAUCUCUCUCUUUGUGCUCUGGGGACGUUCAGCGUUUAUGAGUCAGCUGCAGAAGAAUUAAAACAAAGUGGAUGAUGAGCUUUUAUUUUGGCGGGGUGGAGUCGUGGUCGAUGUGGUUUGGUUCAGUGGGAACACCUCCUCUGUUCUCAUCGACCCUUUCUUACCUUCUCUAAAGCCCCUCAGAUUUGAGUCCUCUUUACUUCCUGUUUAUGUGAUGAUGGAGCUCCUGUUAUGUCAACAUGGAUUAUUAUCACCGCGCCCCCGCCGCCGCCGCCGCCGCUGCUGCUAAAGUCACGAUUUCAUUCAACAAUCAUAACUGUCUGUAAUUUUCCUCCUCGCCUUCGUCCUGCAGUGAGUCAUUUACAGAUGUCUCACCUGUUCCCUCAAUAUUGUUUCAUUUCUCUCUCUUCUCUCUCUCUCUGCAGGGUUUCAGAAUGGACGAGCAAAGAUGCCCCCUCCCACCCCCGCUCAAAGUGAGUCACAAAUCCUCCCUUCUCUCCCCCCCCAGCGUAGAGAGCAUCAGCUUCAGCCCGGUUCUAAACCUUUCCUUAUCAGCUGUCAGGCAGGCUUUAGGAUGUUCUCAGCAGGGACCAGAAACGCCCUGGUACCUGGCAGGCGGGCUGGUGUGGGUGGCGGUGACGAUACUCUCAGCAGGAGAUCUGAGGUCAGGUCAGACCAGGCGGGGAGUGGAUCCAAGAGGAUGAAGAGAUUGGCCGAAGUCUUCAGAAGCAGACGUCUUCGUGGUCGUCCUCUUCUUUAACCCUCCCCGCCUUAUCUCGGCUGUCUUCGUCUCUUUUACUGGUCUGUUGUUGUUGUUAUGCAAAGACCAAUCAGAGUGGAGUAAUCUCUUCUGUUAACCAAGUCACAGUCUUCUUCAUUCCUGUACACAGCCUUUCCACUAAACACUUCACAGGAGUGUCUGUGGGCUCAGGGUUAGAUCCAUUCAGAGUCCUUCACCAGGUAUUUGGAGUAUUUGCUUCAGUCUCUCAGUCGUCUUGUUCUUUGGCGCGACUUCAUUGUUCUCUUUUGAUAACUUCCCACACUGAUGGAGCCGAGAUAAAGAAGCUUUGUGUAACCCUUAAACCUUAUUUAUGCUGUUAGGAACAGAUCUUGUGUAAUAUUCAGUCUGUUGUUAGUGUUUCUCUGUUCACAGGUAGAUCGUUGUCAGAUAUUCAUGAUUUUAGUUUUCGUUUAUUUAUCUCUCAUCCGUGUUGAGGGAGUCGAGCACGUGCAGAACAUGAAUCCAAGACAAAUUUCCCAAAGGGAUCAAUAAAGUGUAUUUUACCUGAUCAAACUGUAUCAAACCAGAUCCUAUAGAAACAAAUUGAGACUUAUUAAACUUAUUCCCUUUAAUAAUCUCACAACCUAUCCUGGCUUUACUCCGCCUCUCGACCAAUGACAGCUGGGAUCAGCUCCAGUCCUCCAGAUCCGCAAAAAUGGGAAAAUGACGGAUGGAUGUAUCACAUCACAUCACAUCACAUCGCAUCGCAUCGCAUCAUAUCAUAUCAUAUCAUUUCGCACCAAACUGCAGCGUACCGUACAGCAUCAUACCGCAUCGCACCACACCAUACUGUACCAUACCCUAACGCAUCGGACCGCACCAUACCAAACCAUAUCGUACCACAUCACAUCACAUCACAUCACAUCACAUCAUUUUGCACCAAAUUGCAGCGUACCGUACAGCAUCAUACCGCAUCGCACCACACUGUACCAUAACCUCACGUAUCGGACCGCACUGUUCUGUACCGUAUCGUACCACAUCGCACCAUACCAUACAAUAUCAUACCGCAUCACAUCACAUUGAACUGCAUCGUAUCAUGAUGUAUCACUCAGUUCUCUUCAUAGUGAAUCAUAAUAACUUCAAAAACCGUCAUGUGAACCAACCAGAGGAGGUCCCCACAGUGUGAGGCGCGUUUCGCUGAGUUAGCGUGAGGGGACGAAAGUUGUGUUCACACCCGGUCGAUAAACAAAUCAACGUAUACACAGUUCACUUUUUAUUUAAUAUUCAAACCUUCAUUUGACCUCCAGGGGAAAGUCGAGACUCGAACUGUAAUGAGUCGUUCAAACUCCUGUAGCUCCAUGCGCUCCUGACCGCAGUAAGUCAUUACUGUUAUUCUGAUGAUCCUUCUACUAAAACACAGUUCAGUCUCACAUGUCCCAGUAAGGUGAAGUGGAGGUCCCUGUUCUAACAGUGUAAUGGGAAAUGUUAUAUGAUCCAUCUGUUUCGAAAGCAGCGUCAUGUAGCAAUCACAUUUCACAAUUCUGUUCAGUCAGUAUAGAUGUGAGACUCUGAGGUAAAAUAACUGCAAUGAUCCUUUAAAGGGAAGUAAAGCAGUAAAAGUUUGGACAAGAUUAUUGAAACGAUUAUCCAUCGUCUGAAAAUGAUUUAGUGUUUGUAACUUUCUGAGUCUUUUGGUUUUUGGUGAAAUAUCCUGGUGUCUGUGAGAUGGACGAGCAGAAACUCCCGGAGGAUGAGUCUUAUUCAGUUUGGUGACCGUCUAACUCGUGCUCUUGUUCAACCUCUGAGGUAUUUUCAAUUACCAAUAAGUCAAUGUGAAAGGAAAAGACUGUGUUUAGUGUGAAGGAGUAUUAGUUUCCGCUGCUUUAAUAUGGACAGAAACUCUCUUUCCUUCACUUCUGGCACACACAGACCAUUACCUGUAAUGGAACAAGCCCAGGUGCUCUCCGCUGGGGUUGUUGAAAGGUGUUCUUGAGAAAUGGAGAAAAUCACAGCUGAAACGGGGGGAUAUUGAGUUCGGCAAAGAUGGAAAUUACAGGAAAAUGCUGUUAAAUGGCGUUAGUUUUACAACGCAGCAGAUAAAAACCACAGUACAGCUAUAAUGAGUGAAAAAGAGAGGAAAUGUUUGUUAUUAUUCAGCGUCUAAUGGUGUUCUUUAAACCGCUGAGCGCUCACAGCACUUGAAGAGGAGCGAGGAUCGUCUGUUUUUCAGAGCUGAAGGUCACGCUGUUGUCAUGUUUUUACCUUUACACACCAAUUCUCUGAAGGUUAGAAAUCAUUGGACUUGUACUGAAAGGUUUCCAGUGAAGAUUGAAACCUCAGGAAUAAUGUCUUCACUGUGGGACGGCUGGUGUCGCAGAGACGGCUGCCUGUGUUUACAGAAAUGUAACCCUGACAAAUGCAGAAGUGAGCGAUGGUGGAGUCAGGAAGCUGUCACAGCUUUUAUGUUCGUCGUUAUUUCCCAGGAAUCAAAACUGAAAGCCUGACUGGAAGCAGCUGUUUGUCGACUGUUUGUCAGCUGUUUGUCAGCUUGACUCAUUUCUGUUUCCUUCCCUGCAGACAGAAGAGGACUACAUCCCUUAUCCCAGCGUUCACGAGGUAAAUAAUCUUCCCUUCGCACCAGUCAAUCUCUCAGUAUAAUUUUCAGAUGUCAGUAACUGUCAAAGCCGGCGAGUCCAAAUAAAAAUGAGACAAAAUCAUGAUUCAUGUGACGUACGGACCUGCGGUUUCCUCUCACUUUUAUCGCUGUGAUUUAUCCUCAGGUUCUGGGUCGCAGUAGUCCUUUCCCGCUCAUCCUGCUGCCGCAGUUUGGAGGCUACUGGAUCGAGGGAACCAACCAUGAGCCUAAAGAAACACCAGAGGCCGAACAACCUCCCUGCCCCGCCUCCCACGUCAAACUGGAGACAAACAGCACGGCCAAGAUCUACAGGAAGCACUUCAUGGGAAAGGUAGAGGAAAGACACGGUCUUCUGACCCGCUGAAACACGGAGUCUUUUAUUUUGAAAAGAAGCCAGAUGUUUUAUUUUGAAGUCUGUGCCCGACUUCCUUUCCAGCACGGGUUAAUCUGUGCUGAAUUUAUCCGCCAUGCUCCGGCGUCCAGAAAAAAUAGAACUCUUGUGAUCAGCUGAGGAGUCCGGCGAUCCGCAGAGGAACGGAAAGAAGUCGGUGUAAAUUGACACGUUAACUUGAAUGGUUACGAUCAGCUACGAUCGGAGGAUACGACCUUUUAGGAGACGAUCAGGAUGAAGGUGGAGACCUCACCUCCUGAUCCACUUUCUUCUUUCAGUAAAAGUCAAAAAACUGAAACCAAAACAACACGACAGGCUGACACAGCUGAGUGUUUGAAAAGCUGCUCAGAUCUGAAAGUCCUGGAGUUUGUAGACCUGUGGGGGGUUCAGACCUGCUGCAGAACCUGAUGGAUACUUGUUGCUUAAAGGGAUAUUCCGAUGUAAAAUUAAUUCAGGGUCAAACCCACCGUAGCACCGAGUUAGACGCCCCCUCCAGAGAUGAAUGUUGUCGACCGCUUGCUUCUCUAGUUAUACCAACUUUAGUAACGACCGCAGGAUAGAAAUACAGAGAGCCACGCCCCCAACUAAAACGCCACUCUAUAGCCACAAAUAAUGCUCAGAACAGCACCUAACUUCAUCAACAGGACAUAUAGGGUCACAGACAUAGUACUAGACACCAAACAUCUUUUUAACUUUGACUCAUUUCUUUAGCAGGUCGUUCUUCUGCUUCGGCGUCUCGGUCUGAUCAGUGAUAAAAAAGUGUUGAUAUGUGACGUUUCUAAGAGUCUGAUCCGUGUCUCUCUCACACACACUCCUCUCAGAGAGUAAAGGUGUGUCACCGUCACCGUCUCCUCCGCCGCCUGUUUAGAGUUCAUCAUCAUCGUUGGUGUUUGUAAUUAUUUUGGUGUGGGCGUCUGUCAGGAGCUGGAGGAGGUUCAUCUCUGCAUGAAAGCUUCUUGUGCUUCUCUGCCCUCAGGAACACUUUAAUUAUUACACCAUGGACGCCGCUCUGGGACACUUGGUCUUUUCCUUGAAGUACGACGUCAUCGGGGAUCAGGAGCAUCUGCGCUUGAUGCUUCGGUAAAUAAUUCAUCUACGUUUGCACUUUCAUUUUCUCCUUUUUCUUUCUGAUCAGACUUUAAAUUUUCUCUGUUUCCUCUUCUCGGUUCCUCUGUACCCAAAACUCUGAGACGGGGGAGCAGGUCGUCUCUGUGAUGAAUGUUGAAUCUGUAUUUUCCACUUCAUUGCUGACAGUCAUCCUCACUGUCAGAGGACUCUUUACUCCUUUAGGUGAAGGGCGGUCAAUAAAUGUUCUCAUCAAUUUCAUCUGCAGUUAAACCUGAAUUCAGACGUCUGUUUGACACGGUCGGACUGAGUCCAAGGACUGAAUGUCUCUCUUCUGCUCCGUCAGCGUCCUCCGUCUCUAAAAUAACGGACUCUUUCAUGAUAUGAUAUUUCUUUAUCACCUUUAUCGUCUGUUUCUAAAACAGUCUUUUAGAAAGGAGUCGUCGCUGAGAUCUGCUGCAAACCGGAUCACUGCAGGAUCCGGUCUUCAGUCUUCAAUCAUCUCAGAGUCUUUGAGAGUCUCAGGACGUUUCUCACCGUCCUUCUGCAGUUUCCCUGAGAGACUCUUCAAAGUCCUUCUCGGCGCUCAGAACCGUUUUUCACCCUGAGAGCUCCGCGGAGAAACGAGAGGUUCUGGGAGAAACUUCUUUAUGACUCAGAUCAGGUCUGGACUCCAAGGAGGACUUUAGAAAAUACAAAUGUAGGAGCGACCGACCCAGACCUGUCUGAGCCUGAUUAUAACUGAACCCUAUUAUUAUUCACAAGGGUUCGAGUCUGUGAACUCAUCUGUGGAGCGUGUGCAGAUCAGACAGAUUACAGUCGAGCUCAGGUCCGAGUUUGUCAGUCUGACUGUAAGAAAUUCAGUGAAGUCUGAUUUCAGGACAAACGUGUUUAUAUGAAGUUUGAAAAGUCCAGUUUAAUCCGGACCGACAGAAUAAACCGGAUUAUCAGAAGAGUAUAUAAAUGUAGAUAUUCUCACGGUGAAGACUCAGAGCUGUUUCUUCAGAGUCGGUUCGACACUCUUGAACUGUGACUCUGCAGAAAAACUGAAGUACAGACAAAGUUCACCUCCAGGAUUUCUCAACAAAUCUCUUUAUUUAUCAUUUCAAAGAUCAUUUCUCGUAAUAAUUCUGCAGAAACUGAGUGAAUAACUGAAACAGCAGCUGAAGUCUUCAGUCCUUUUCUAAUAAACGACGUGACGCUGUUCGGGAGAGUCGUCGUCUUUCUGGAUCGAGUUCUUUUUCUGUCCAAAUAGCCGCGCUCCGCUCUAUUGUUUGAUUUCUGUGAUAUAAUUAGAGCCUGAAUGAAAUAAUUGUGUGUGUGUGUGUGUGUGUGUGUGUGUGUGUGUGUGUGUGUGUGUGUGUGUGUGUGUGUGUGUGUGUGUGUGUGUGUGUGGGGGUGAAAAUGUUGACUUACUAAAAAAAACGUAAAACCUUUAAAGUCCUCCACAGUCAGCUCUUAAUUCAUUCUUGUUGGCUGUGUGUGUGUAAUGCCUCACCACCCAGCCUCUCUCACUCACACACACACACACUCUUACGCACACUCUCACACACUCUCACACACACACACUCUCACAGACACUCUUACACACUCAGAUCCUCCUUCGUUCUUUCUAAAGACAGACGAGGAGGAGCGCUGCCUCUGCUCUGACCUGUGGAUUAAUUUUAGCUCGCAGAGACUCCACUCCAGGUUUUAAUGGCAGCCCUCUCUCCUUGUUAAUGGAGCUGUGGAGUGGAUGAGUAUAUCAGGAGGUAUCAGUCACUCAGCCCACUUCAUUUUUCACACUGUGAUGUUUUCCGCUCGGUGGGCACCACCCACGGUCACCCCAUCAAACCCGGUCACCUCCGAGUGUGUAGUCACCGGCGCUGACUCACUCUCUCCAUAUUUAAAGCAUCUGUAAGAGAUCGUCACGGUUACUCAGAUCCUGGUUUUUUUUAUCACCGGGGAAGCUCUCCACAUUUCAAUCUUCGAUUAUUUCAGGUUUGUUUAAAAAUAGGAGCUUCUGCAGCGUUUUCACCAAAAACACGCCUGACAGAGUUUCAGGGGAGUGAGAGCCGGCCCACUAACCCACCCACUCACCCACUCACCCACUCAGGGCGAUCUCACCUGAAUAUUUCCUGCUUUUCUUUCACCUCAGCUGUUCGUGAAAAACCGACUCACGCUGAAGUUUUCUGGAGGUUUUUUCGUCACGUAUCUUUACGUCACUGUAUGUGAAUCUCUUCAUUUUAAAGUUCGACGUUUCUGUCUUUCUGUAAAAACUGCUUUGACUUUUUUUCUCUCGUUGUUUUGAAAGACGACGCUCUUAAAGGUCUUUUUUUAAAACUCUCGAGGACAUCUGCGUCUGUUUUAUCCUCCAUCACAGAUACCAACAGUUUAGUCUGACGCUUCAUGGACAAUUAUACGACUGUUAAACACCCACCCAUGAUUCUAAGUGUUGUUUGUGUUCAGAUUCAUUUUUCUUUUCAUCUGAAAACAACGAUGAGCGUCUGAGUGAAGUGGUGAUUAUCUCCACCCUCUCAUGGCGCUCUUCUCUCAGUCCAGGGAUUGUUUGUAUGACGUUGUUCAUCGAAUCCUUCAGAUGAAGCUGUGACCCUCAGAGAGGCACUAAAGCCUGUUUGACCCUCAGUCUGGGUUCACAGGGACUCUACAGGAUCUUAUUGGAGAUCCACAGACCUGAACGUGGACCAGCAGGACCGCUCUGACUGUCAUGUGUUUAUUAUUUUCAGCACCAGGGUCAAGACCUACCACGAUGUCAUCCCCAUUUCCUGCCUUACUGAGUUCCCCAAUGUGGUCCAGAUGGCCAAGGUGAGCUGUCAGAUCUGUGGUCAGUGGGUUUCUAAGUGGGUUUAUCAUGAGUGGAACUGAACCUGUUUUUCUGCUUCCAGCUGGUUUGUGAAGAAGUCAACGUGGACAGGUUUUACCCCGUCCUGUAUCCAAAGGUGAGUCCACGCAGAUCUCUGGAGUCCCAGACCUCCAUCCACUCCAGAGUUUGAAGCAGACUGUGAGAAGUUCAUUGUUGCUCAAACUGUGGUCGUUUUCUGACCCUCCUCCUGAGUUAGAGUCCGCACCCACACGUACUUUUAAAACUCGCUUUUUCACAUCAAGACUUGGAUCUAACGUGAAUCUGCGGGUUCUUGUGAGUUCUCCUGAUUCCUGCUGUCCGUAAUCCGCCACAAAAUCCGCCUCACAAACAGAUCCAGCAGGAAUUGGCGGGCGGUGAAAAUGAGGGUUAAAAACCUGUUCGAAGCUCGGGUGUCUGUCCUAAACUCUGUGUUUUUUUCCUCGUCUCUCCUCAGGCGUCCAGACUCAUCGUCACCUUCGACGAACACGUGAUCAGCAACAACUUCAAGUUCGGGGUCAUCUAUCAGCGGUUUGGACAGGUGAGUGCUCAGCUGAGCUUCGGCUGAUGACGCCACAUGGCGUUCCUCCUGACGGUCUUGUUUGUCUCCUCCUCGUAGACGACGGAGGAGGAGCUGUUUGGGAACAUGGAGGAGAGUCCGGCCUUCGUGGAGUUCCUGGAGUUUCUGGGCCAUAAGAUCGAGCUUCACGACUUUAAAGGGUUUGGAUUUGAGUUCCUGCUCCUCCUGAACAGACCGUUGUUCGCUCUGUGGGAUUUUCCUCUUACUCGAACCCUCUGAUCUCUCCCCUCUCAUCUUCUUCUUCUCUCCUCGUUCCUCCCGCAGGUUUCGGGGAGGGCUGGAUGUCACUCACGGUCAGACAGGGACAGAGUCGGUCUACACCAGUUUCCAUAAUAAGGAGAUUAUGUUUCAUGUGUCCACCAAGCUGCCUUACACAGAAGGAGACUCACAGCAGGUACGCCGACUCUCCACUGAUGACUCAUGUUGGCGCCUCAUUAGCGUGUUUAGGGCGGACACGCUGCGUUCAUCUGAAAAGGCUUCGACUCAGGAGUCCCCGACGAUACUGGGCUGCAGCUGCUCAGAUCUCAGGGCUGAGAGAGGAACAGAUUUACUAGAGAGUGGUGACGAAUCCAGGGAAUCGUUUAGACCUGGAGGGGAAUCGUUUGAAUCUGAAGAGUGAAUCGUUUAAAUCCGCAGGUAAAUAGUUUGAAUCUGGAGGUGAAUCGUUUGAAUCUGAAAGUGAAUCGUUUGAAUCUGAAGAGUGAAUCGUUUAAAUCUGGAGGAGACUCGUUUGAAUCUAGAAAGUAGGGACAUAACCAGGUGAAUCAUUUGAAUCCAGAGAGAGGUGACAAAAUCAGGUAAAUCGUUAAAAUCUGAAGAGUCGUUACUAAACCAGGGAAACCGUUUGGUCCGUAGGUGAAUCGUCUGAAUCACGACAUGCAAACAAACAUCAGCAUUGUGGCUAAUAGUUUUGAAAAGAUGUGAAACUUUGAGAGUUUAAAUAACGUCCAAAUAUUUUAGUUUUUAAAUGUUUAAAAACUUUAGUCCUCAGAUCGGUGUCAGGGUCGUUCUUUUGCACAGAGCUGGACUCGCUCUUCCUCGUUGUUUCUGGUCUUCCUCGUUGUUUCUGCUCUUCCUCGUUGUUUCUGGUCUCCCUCGUUGUUUCUGCUCUUCCUCGUUGUUUCUGGUCUCCCUCGUUGUUUCUGCUCUUCCUCGUUGUUUCUGGUCUCCCUCGUUGUUCCUGCUCUCCCUCGUUGUUUCUGGUCUCCCUCGUUGUUUCUGGUCUCCCUCGUUGUUUCUGCUCUUCCUCGUUGUUUCUGGUCUCCCUCGUUGUUUCUGGUCUCCCUCGUUGUUUCUGCUCUUCCUCGUUGUUUCUGGUCUCCCUCGUUGUUUCUGGUCUCCCUCGUUGUUUCUGGUCUCCCUCGUUGUUUCUGGUCUCCCUCGUUGUUUCUGCUCUUCCUCGUUGUUUCUGGUCUCCCUCGUUGUUUCUGCUCUUCCUCGUUGUUUCUGGUCUCCCUCGUUGUUUCUGCUCUUCCUCGUUGUUUCUGGUCUCCCUCGUUGUUUCUGUUCUCCCUCGUUGUUUCUGGUCUCCCUCGUUGUUUCUGGUCUCCCUCGUUGUUUCUGGUCUCCCUCGUUGUUCCUGCUCUUCUUCGUUGUUUCUGGUCUCCCUCGUUGUUUCUGGUCUCCCUCGUUGUUUCUGGUCUCCCUCGUUGUUUCUGGUCUCCCUCGUUGUUUCUGCUCUUCCUCGUUGUUUCUGCUCUUCCUCGUUGUUUCUGCUCUUCCUCGUUGUUUCUGGUCUCCCUCGUUGUUUCUGGUCUCCCUCGUUGUUUCUGGUCUCCCUCGUUGUUUCUGCUCUUCCUCGUUGUUUCUGGUCUCCCUCGUUGUUUCUGGUCUCCCUCGUUGUUUCUGCUCUUCCUCGUUGUUUCUGGUCUCCCUCGUUGUUUCUGGUCUCCCUCGUUGUUUCUGCUCUUCCUCGUUGUUUCUGGUCUCCCUCGUUGUUUCUGGUCUCCCUCGUUGUUUCUGGUCUCCCUCGUUGUUUCUGGUCUCCCUCGUUGUUUCUGCUCUUCCUCGUUGUUUCUGGUCUCCCUCGUUGUUUCUGGUCUCCCUCGUUGUUUCUGGUCUCCCUCGUUGUUUCUGCUCUUCCUCGUUGUUUCUGGUCUCCCUCGUUGUUUCUGGUCUCCCUCGUUGUUUCUGCUCUUCCUCGUUGUUUCUGGUCUCCCUCGUUGUUUCUGGUCUCCCUCGUUGUUUCUGGUCUCUCUCGUUGUUUCUGCUCUUCCUCGUUGUUUCUGGUCUCCCUCGUUGUUUCUGGUCUCCCUCGUUGUUUCUGGUCUCCCUCGUUGUUUCUGCUCUUCCUCGUUUUCUGGUCUCCCUCUGUUUCUGGUCUCCCUCGUUGUUUCUGGUCUCCCUCGUUGUUUCUGGUCUCCCUCGUUGUUUCUGCUCUUCCUCGUUGUUUCUGGUCUCCCUCGUUGUUUCUGGUCUCCCUCGUUGUUUCUGGUCUCCCUCGUUGUUUCUGCUCUCCCUCGUUGUUUCUGGUCUCCCUCGUUGUUUCUGCUCUUCCUCGUUGUUUCUGGUCUCCCUCGUUGUUUCUGGUCUCCCUCGUUGUUUCUGGUCUCCCUCGUUGUUUCUGGUCUCUCUCGUUGUUUCUGCUCUUCCUCGUUGUUUCUGGUCUCCCUCGUUGUUUCUGGUCUCCCUCGUUGUUUCUGGUCUCCCUCGUUGUUUCUGCUCUUCCUCGUUGUUUCUGGUCUCCCUCGUUGUUUCUGGUCUCCCUCGUUGUUUCUGGUCUCCCUCGUUGUUUCUGCUCUUCCUCGUUGUUUCUGGUCUCCCUCGUUGUUUCUGGUCUCCCUCGUUGUUUCUGGUCUCCCUCGUUGUUUCUGCUCUUCCUCGUUGUUUCUGGUCUCCCUCGUUGUUUCUGGUCUCCCUCGUUGUUUCUGCUCUUCCUCGUUGUUUCUGGUCUCCCUCGUUGUUUCUGGUCUCCCUCGUUGUUUCUGCUCUUCCUCGUUGUUUCUGGUCUCCCUCGUUGUUUCUGGUCUCCCUCGUUGUUUCUGGUCUCCCUCGUUGUUUCUGGUCUCCCUCGUUGUUUCUGCUCUUCCUCGUUGUUUCUGGUCUCCCUCGUUGUUUCUGGUCUCCCUCGUUGUUUCUGGUCUCCCUCGUUGUUUCUGCUCUUCCUCGUUGUUUCUGGUCUCCCUCGUUGUUUCUGGUCUCCCUCGUUGUUUCUGCUCUUCCUCGUUGUUUCUGGUCUCCCUCGUUGUUUCUGGUCUCCCUCGUUGUUUCUGGUCUCUCUCGUUGUUUCUGCUCUUCCUCGUUGUUUCUGGUCUCCCUCGUUGUUUCUGGUCUCCCUCGUUGUUUCUGGUCUCCCUCGUUGUUUCUGCUCUUCCUCGUUGUUUCUGGUCUCCCUCGUUGUUUCUGGUCUCCCUCGUUGUUUCUGGUCUCCCUCGUUGUUUCUGCUCUUCCUCGUUGUUUCUGGUCUCCCUCGUUGUUUCUGGUCUCCCUCGUUGUUUCUGGUCUCCCUCGUUGUUUCUGCUCUUCCUCGUUGUUUCUGGUCUCCCUCGUUGUUUCUGGUCUCCCUCGUUGUUUCUGGUCUCCCUCGUUGUUUCUGCUCUUCCUCGUUGUUUCUGGUCUCCCUCGUUGUUUCUGGUCUCCCUCGUUGUUUCUGGUCUCCCUCGUUGUUUCUGGUCUCCCUCGUUGUUUCUGCUCUUCCUCGUUGUUUCUGCUCUUCCUCGUUGUUUCUGCUCUUCCUCGUUGUUUCUGCUCUUCAUGCUGACUUGAACUGAUGGUUCCUUUAGACCGUCAGCACAGAGAUCACUGAGAUCUAAAUAUUGAGCUUCCUUUAAGACCUGAGUCCAGUUUUUAGGUCCAGAUGCUGAUUUCUGUUUCUCACUCAGUCAUCUCUAAAAUCUGCAGGUUUAUCGUCUCCUUUUUUCAGUUUUUUUCCUCAGACACGGUGUUUAUAGACGUCUCUCUCUCUGAGUUAGAUUCGCCGUCCUCUGUCGCUCUGCUCGUCCUCUCAGACUUACACUUUGUUACCACAGUAACCUGAGCAGAUGGUCCAUACUGCUGAGGCUUACAGGGACACAGAGGAUAUAAACAACACCCACAUAAUUCAUGAGGGAACUUAAGGAAAGGUGCAUCUGUUUGAACAUCUACUUCAGGAGGCAGACACAGAAGAAUCUAGGUUUUCUCAGGUUUGAUCUGUGUGAUCUAGUUUUUGUUUGAAUGUCUACCUGAUAUUUUCAGUUUGUGCUGAAAGUGAAACUCAGAGAUGAGCAAUAAUCCUCUGACCUGUCUGUUUUUGAAGUCGGACUGGAGAUUGAAGCUCAUCUUUACUCACUCCUGCAGUCAGUGAGUCUCAUAGAUGCUUUCUAACAUCUACAUCCUCCAUUCUCCAACAGCCGCUCUCUCCAACAGAAACACUUGUGCUCCCAGUUUGUCCAUCUGUGCAGAAACAUGAGGAAGUACAAUGGCAGCCUUUGUGGACCAGAACCCGGUCCUUUGUCAUCUCAAAGUCUCGUUCUGAGUUAGAAAAACAAACUGACUCUCAUAUUUGUUCUCUAAUUAACGCCUGGCACACAGAGAGAGACUCUGAAAAUCUGAACUGGUUUUGAAGCAUCAGAGAGACCUGAGAACACAUGAGGAGAUUUAACAGUUCGGCUCAGUGGUGUGUGGUACGCAUAGAUGUCAUGAACUCGGCCCAGAGUCUAAAAACCAGCAGACGGCAUCUGAAAUCUCCUUGAAUCUCUUUUAUUUCAAAGUAACUUCAGAGAGAAAAAGUCACUUUUAAAGGUGUUGUAGUCAGGAUCUGAGUUAGUUCCAGUUUUUAGGAGAAAUCUUGAAUGUAAACUCUACCCCUCCAACCAGUUUUCCCCUCAGCUCCUCCUCUCCCCUCAAGCCCCGCCCACAAACAGACGCUCCUGCUCGCUCGUCUCGUUCCAAUUAAAUUCAGAUAUAAUGCAGAUAAAUCCUUCAGAUCAUUACAAAUGGGGCCCAGUCAAGGUGAAAGUCAAAAGCAUUGGUGCUACUGUAGAUGCCAUUGACUGAUAUCAACAGAUUUUUUGUAUAAAAACCACAAAAUAAUAAGAUGCUUCUUUAACGGAUUCCUGUCUACUCCACCUUUAACACGCCUCACAGCAGAACCAGCUGAUCAUCGACUUUUAGCCAGAAAGAGGAAGUGUGGCCAAAAAUCUUGACUUUCUUACUGUGUGAACACUGCUUUAAAUUACUUACUGUACCUUUAAAAUCCUAAAUCAGCUGUUUUUUGUUUCCCCUUAUCAAACAGUUGUUCAUGUUUGCUUGUUAAUGAAGUUUGGUUCUUCCUCUCUCCUCUUUAAUGACUUUAAACUCCAUCUAUGAGACGGUCCUGUGAAAACUCUUCAGUCCCUGAGACCCACUGUGGAUUUUUCUCAUGUGAACAAACAGACAGAGGUGGUAAAAUACUGACUCUGAAUCAUUGUUAAAGUUCAGAGCAAACAUUGACCGCUGUGUUUUAUGACGGCUCUGACUAUCGCUGGAGCCGAUAACAGCAGGUGUGAAGAGGCUCGUAUCAGACGGUCCUGCUGACUGAUAAGUGAACAGGUAAACAGAGAGAGCUGAUCGGGCCGGAGUCGCUCUGUUGGGACUUCAGAGAUAAAACACAGGAGUGGAUUUUCUCCUCUCUGCACUGAGAACAUUUCUGAUCAUCACCAAACUGGAAACGUCUCUCUGAUCCACGUCUGCUCGCAUGUUGCUGGUCGUUUCAUCAGGAGAUUCAGAGCUCUUUAAAUUUGAAUAGGCAGGAAAUAUUCCACUAAAUAUAUUAAAUUCAAGUUUAUUCACAGUAAGGGUAAAUAAAUCAAUCAGGUCACAGCAACAGGCGACAAAUUCAGUGGAUGAAUUUUGUAGCAGAGCGAGCAGGUUUCCCAUCAGGCUUUGUUCCUCUGAUAUAAAGAUGGCGUGCGCUUUAUUGUUGGAGUUUACAAGUUUCAGUUUGACAGUUUCAGGCUUUAUUGCGAUGGCGAGCAGUCGUUUAGGAGCAGUGAGUCAUGCUGCUGACUGUCAGACAUUUACAGAGUCAUCAAGUUCACGUUUCCUCCGCUCCUUUUCACAUUCAGACAUCUCUCAUCAGCGAACAGGCCCAGGGCGGGCGGGCGGGCGGCGCUGCAGCUGGGCGAGAGCUGGACUGUGUCUCUACGUCGAUCUGUUUUAUUCAUUUCACUCUUUUUUUUUUUUUUCAUGAUUCUUCAGUGUUUGAAAUCCUCCUUCAGUGUUCAGUUUAAACUUUCAGCACGACUCUUGAGACCACUAAACCUGUGCAGAAGAUCCAAACCGUCGAAUUCAUGACACAUGCAGAGACUGAGGAAUUAUGGGAAACUGCUGCACACAGCAAACAGCAUCUCUGCUCUUCUUCUUGAUGUUUGCACGCAUUUAAAUCAGCCGUUAUGUUUUCAUGGAGGACAAAAUUGACCCUUUCUAUGCAAAUGUGCCUCAUUGUAAAAAUAGGAGUGACUCACACAAACACAAACACACACACAAACACACACGAGCACAAACGGUUAACUGAGAUUUACGGUCUGCUGAGACGCUUUUACAUGGAUGAAGACGUUCUCAGACAGAAGAGCGUGAGCGUCUGCUGUCUUCAUACACGGAUCUAUACAUGGACACACCCGUCUACAGAUGUGCAGAGAAUUUUAAAAAAUGUGGAACUAGAUCCUCAAACGCAAACUUAGAUCUAAAAUUGUACAAAUAGACGCGUUCAUAAGGACACUUUGCUACAAAUGUGUAAAAGAUCUGUGUGUGUAAAGAAGUGCAGAUAUAUGAACACAUGCAUUAAUUUGUAUACUUAUGUACAAAUGUAAACAUAGAUCUGCAAAUGUGUAGAUAGAUUCCAGAUGUUUGCGAAGAUCUAUGAAUGUGUACAUAGAUCUGUAAACAUGCAAACAGAAAUAUAGAUACAUAGACAAUCUAAGGAUGUGCAGACAGAUCUACACAGUGCAUACAUAUGUACACAGACUCACACACAUGUGCACAGAUCUAUAAAUGUAUAGAUCCAUAUGAGUAGAUGUUCAGAGUCAUUAAUGACAGGAAGUCGAGGCGUUUUUUCCCGCCAAGAGCUGAAGUCCACACACUUUCAGUUAACUCGUGAUCGACGCCGAACUUCCUUCACGUUUACAGGUGUGGUUAGGAAUCCACAGGUGGAGGUGGGGUUGGGGGGUUGUUUCCCGAGGACUCAGGCUCUCCUCUCAUGGCCGACUUUGACUCACAUCGCCUCGCUUGUCUCUUCUGAACGGAGUCGUCAUCAUUUCCAUCAAACCGGCUCCUCAGGAGGUUAUUUAACUUAAAGACGACAGUGACGGAGAAAAGCUGGUGAAGCUGCUGCGUCUCUCAACAGAUCGUCAGAAACCGAUCCACAGAUGAUGGUUUCGUAGUCGUUGGAGAAUCGGACUUAAAGAUGAAGCAGAGAGCAGAUGGUCGAUGACGGGCAGUUCUUGGUUCUCUCUGAAGACACAAUUCAUUUGAGUCUGAUUUAAUCUGAUCGUCACUGAACGCCUUUAACUGAAAGGUCACAUCAAAAAUAAACAGAUGAGUUUGACCUUUGAACUGCUGGUCCGUCCCCGCUCUCCUCUGGGGUUCGAUUCACGCCGAGCCGAUCUCUCUGUGUGAAAACUGGAAGUAAUUCUGGGACUUUGGCGGCUGGUUUUGACUCUCUAAGUGGUGAUUUCAGAUGUUUCCGCUCAUGUUGGUCGUGUUUGUUUCUGUCCUCGCAGCUGCAGAGGAAGAGACACAUAGGAAACGACAUCGUAGCCAUCGUGUUCCAGGAGGAGAACACGCCGUUUGUACCCGACAUGAUCCAGUCCAACUUCCUGCAUGCGUAUGCGGUGGUGCAGGUGGAGAACGCAUGUACAGACAAUGUCACCUACAAGGUGAGUCUCCUGGACCUCAGAGUCCCUCAUUUAUGAUUCAGGAGCUUUUAUUCCUCAAAUGUGGCUUCGACUGACGCUGAUGCUCGCCUGCUUUCGCUUUAAGGUGUCAGUGACGGCGCGGGAUGACGUCCCCUUCUUCGGGCCUGCUUUACCUGACCCUGCCAUCUUUAAAAAGGUCAGCAGCCACACAAAUCCACCACCUGAGCCCGUCUCUCUGCAGACAGCCUUCAUCAUAGACCUUUAGAGUCUCUUUAUUUCUGUCUUCACUCUUUCUUCCUUCAGGGCCCCGAGUUCAGAGAGUUUCUCUUCACCAAACUCAUCAACGCAGAGUACGCCUGCUACAAAGCUGAGAAGUUCGCCAAGCUGGAGGUGAGGAGAGUGUGUAUGAUGGAGACGUGAUGAUCUGUGAAGGUGUGCAUCCUGCUGUUUUAUUUCAAUGACAGAGGAAGAUAUUUUCACCUCGAACACAGAGCGCUUCAACACAAACGCCCGACAUGAACCAAACCUCCGUACAGAUGACUAAUGAGGAGCAAAAGGGCAGAAAUCAAUCAGAGAAAAUCUGAUCAGUUUCAGAAAUUACACCGUUAAAAAACAGAGACAGAAUCAAACAGGUUUUAAAAAGAAAAUCUUAGUUUUAUAAAUAAAUGAACUCGAUCAGAAACAGUCACAUUAACAGAAAGAUGAAUAAAAUAAAUAAUCGUAAGAAAGUUUAAUAAAAUACAUGAAAACAUGGAUUAAACUCAAAAACUGAAACUUAGAUUAAAGAUGUUUCAUGGACCUGAACUUAAAUCUCACAGAUUAAACUGAAGUGUUCAGAGAUUAAAGUUCAGGUCCAUGAAACAUCUUUAAUCUAAGUUUCAGUCUGAUUUAAGGUCCUCUAACUUUCUUAAAUCUCACAGAUUAAACUGAAGUGUUCAGAGAUUAAAGAAAAUUAGAGGACCUUAAAUCAGACCCUGAGGAACACCACCAUGAUCUCUCUGUAUUUAUGAAAUUUGAUUUCAUGUAAUUUAAUAUGAAAAACUCAACAUUUCUAACUAUUUUAAAGGAUUAACUGAAACCUGAAUGAGUUCUGGGCCGAUCCAUACAUCCAUCUUCUAACCCAGAUUCUCCUCCAUCUCUCUCAUCAUCAGCAGCAUAUUUUAGCUGUUCUUGGAGAUUCUGGGUCAGUCUCAGGACCGGUUCUGCAGGGUCUUGUUCUAGAUUGAGGAGACCUCUUAACUAAACCCUCAGAGGACUGACCCGACUCUGAGCUCCCUCUGAGGUCUGAGGAAGACUCCAGAGGGGCUUCAGUUCUGCUCCACAACCCGAUUCCUUUAGUUCCAAGUAUGAGGUGGAGGUUUGAGCGUCUAACUCCACCUCUCUUUGUUUUGGAGUUCCUGUUUUUUGACGUUGCUGACUGACUCUUUUUUCUGGUCAGGAGCGUACACGUUCAGCCCUGCUGGAGACGCUCUAUGAGGAACUGCACAUAAACAGUCAGUCAAUGAUGGGACUGGGAGGAGAUGAAGAUAAGCUGGAGAACGGAGGAGGAGGAGGAGGUGCAGGUGGAGGUGGAGGAGGCUUCUUUGAGUCCUUCAAGGUAAAGUCCUGUUCCUUUAAAUCUGAGCCUUAAAUCUGCACUCGCACAUGCAUGAGAGGAAACGGUUCUGACUGGAGGACCUUUUAGGACCCCCCCCCCCCCCCCCGUCUGUCUGUCUCCUGGAUGGGAUUCUGGGUAAUCACACAAAAACCAAACAAAGCCUGGAAAGUUCUCAGAUCUCAGCGGAGCAGCUCUCCUGACAUCUGAGUCCCGCUCUCGGCGGUGACAGCUGACCUCGGCGUGUUUCGCUCCUGAUGGUGCGGUUUUGAUGCCGGGGAGCGUCUGCUGUGUAUGAAGGGCGCUUGGCUCUGACUGAGCGUGCUCCAUCAAUGACCAUUAGGGUGGUGGAGCGUGUCCCAUUGGCUGAGGCUGUGAUUGUGUGUGCCUGAUGAAGGAUUUAAUGACCCCUCAUUAGAGAGCUGAUGAGGCCGUUUUCUCCCCGUGGGCAGAUCCCUCGCCGUCUGUCUCUUUUGUCUGUGACACCAAAUAGUUCUCGGCCAUCUUCUCUGCAUUUCCACUUCAGAGAAAUUUCCACCUCCUCUCUCUCUCUCAGUCUUAACCGUCUCUUCUCCAUCCAUGUCCUCUCCAUCGCUCCGCUCACUGCAUUUGGAUGAAUGAAUCUGCAAACCCUCUCUCCUCUUUCUCCUCUUUCUCCUCCCCAACAACCUCACAAAUCACUGAUUUCCUACUCGGUCUUUCCUACUUUCUCUCACUGACUUCCUCAUUCACACUGUAACCCCCCCCCCUGGUCUAAUGACGACAGAGGAGAUAAGAGAUGAAGAGCUUCCUUCUCCUCACUUCUGAAGCCUGCCAUUUCUACGACCUUCUCUAAACCUCCAUCUCUUUUUUCUUCCUGCCUGUUUAGCUGCACCACCUCUGAGUGUUCACAACUACCCCUGCACACACACACACACACACACACACACAUCUCUGCAUGCAUGUGCUCUCAAAGGUUGUUCUCUCUCUUUUAUAAAAUAUUCACACAUAUACAGGAAGUCGUCCACAUGCAGCUGCAUUAAUGCUGUGUUCACCAUCAUCGGGAAAUCUGCAGAGUCGUUGACAUUGAACUGAAAACAUACAGUUAUUCAGUAAAGCUCUGAUGCACUAUGAUCAGUAAAUGAUCGAUCGAUCGUUUCUACAGCAGAGAGUCGAUCACUCAGGAAAAAAGCAGAAAGUGUUUAAAGCUCCUGUGAGGAACUUUUGGUUUGGAUCAAUCUUGGCGCCCCCCUGUGGACAGUCAGUCAGUGCUUAUGUUGUCCUCAACAUUCUUAAGUCGUGUCUUUUAACAAAAAAAAUAUCAAUAUUCAGUCAAAUUCAUCAUUUAUGGUGAAUUUUCUACAAACAAAACUGCUUGGCUGACUUCCUCCUGCUUCAAACUUCUGACAUAAACACCAUCAGUCCUGUCACUCACGGUCCUGUUUGUUAUCGUGUUUCAUAAAAAAAAACAUCAAUCUGAAUUUCAGUGUUUUUUAUAAAUGUUAUAAACUCCUCACAGGAGCUUUAAAAGGUUUAACUUAGACAGGAGUUUCACUUUGCUGCUACAAUAUUUUCAUUAGAGAGCAGAUCCAUCUGAUCAGGUCAUAACUGACACCGAUAUUUUCUUCCACUUUUAAACUGAUUUUGGUUCCACAUUCGUAACUCCAUCAUUCAGUUCUGCUAAAUUACAGACAAACCUCAAAGAUCCUGCAAAGAUUUAUCAGUUUAGACCUACAGAGUAGUUCUGUUCACCUCUCUCUGAUCAUAGAUGCACGCUCAUCAUCAUGUGAUCAUGUUUCUGCAGCAGGUAUCAGUGAAUCUCCAUGUCUGACGUUUAACAUCCAUCAGCAUUUAAAAGACCUCUGCAGAAAUGAUCUGAGGGUUCAUGGUUGAUUUUGACGCUGCGCCCCCUGUUGGCGGUUGGAAAUAAUAUAUCUCAUCCUCCUUUUUUGCAAAUGGUCGAAUCUGUCACUCAACGUGAAUCUUUACUGUUUGAUAAAAGGCUGAUCUGAGCUUCAGGACUGAUAACCAGUUUUAUUGCUGAUGGUCCCUUUUGUACGGACACCAGUUUAAACCAGUUAAAACUCCUGACUGAGGCUUUAAUCAAACUUAAAUUCACAUAAAAGUUUUUCUGUUUUUCUGAAAUCUCUCCUUUGGGAGUAAAAGCAGCUGAAUUUAACGCAGUAAACAUCAUAAUUUUUUUACUCUUUGAAUAUUGUCAUGAAUCGAAAUGUCUCAAUAAUAAUCAAUAACACUCAGAUUUAAUGCUCUCAUGUGUGAUAAAAUGAAGAGUCAGUUUAAGUUCAGUGUAACUUCAGGGUAUGUUUUAUACUUUUUAAUGACAGCAACAACCGGGACUAGAUACUUCAGGUGACCUCCUCGGCUUCAGGCGGAGGCGGGGUUUGAAGGUUUAGUGAAUAUCCCACAGAUCUGGUCAGCCAGGUGACUCCAGAUCUCAGGAAGUCAGACCCAGAUGUGGAGUUUGAAGCAGAUGUGCUCUCUGAAAACCUAAAUCCACUGACCGUAUCUCCUCGUCUCUCUCUGUAGCGGGUCAUCCGCAGCAGAAGCCAGUCUAUGGACGCCAUGGGCCUCACUAACAAGAAGUCACACACAGUCUCCACUAGUCACAGUGGCAGCUUUACCCACAAUCCCGCAGAGAGCCCCAAAACCCCAGGGAUUGUAAGUAGCCCACUUUGGUUUACAUGAUGCCCACCUAACUCAUGCAUCCAGGAUCUUUUCCACCACCUCUCUCAGCGCGGCGGAUAAUAAACACGCCGCUCGGUUCUUUUGUGUGUUUGCAGCAGCAGCAGCAGCACUUUAGUAAAUGACUCCUGUUGGCACACUGCAGCACUUGAGUUUCUCCGAGCGCUAACAUCAAAGUCCUCGCUCUCAUCGCUCAUUUCAAACCCUUUUCGCCGUCUAGUAAAGCGGCUCUCAUUGAUUGCUUUCCAUUUACACACAAAGCCUUUUUAUAAGCAGCUAAUUUUUGUUGGACAAAACAACUUAACUCAGCAUUCUCAGCAUUUCAUCUUCAUCCUGUGUUGAGAGAGUCUUCAUCACCCCACAGUCAGAUCUGUAGAUCUGUGUUUGGGUAGAUGAUCCUCUGAGUCGUGACGUGUCCUCUUAUUUUAGUUUGACUGUGAGCCCCGGUUUUAGUCCAACUGUUUGACUACCCAGACUCCCUCCCUCCUUCCUCCCUCUGCUUUCGUCCUGACCUUUCCCUCCUGUGAACUUCACAGCCUUGUAUAUAUGUAUGUGUGUGUGUGUGUGCAUGUGCGGCUGCUGCAGAGUAUGCAUGGCACACAACAGAAAUGCAACAAACAGACUGUCCUGAUCGGCUCUUUUUCAAAGACGGGGUUGAUACACGCAGAUAUGACCAAAAACUGCAGUUCCUCAAACUGCCACUAGAGGCAGAAAGAAAAUAAUCGGCCCCCUUAUUUCAUGGUCAAGGAUGUUAACUGUUACAAUAUGGUCACUGCCAAACUGCCCCAUCAACAGGAGGCGCCACCUGGUCUCCCUACAUUAUUUUAAAGAGAUAUUCCAGUGUAAAAUUAAACUAAGGUCAAAACACCAUAACACCGAGUUAGACCCCCCCUCCAGAGAUGAAUGUUGCCGACCGCUUCUCUAGUUAUACCAACUUUAGUAACGACCGCAGAUCGCAACACCUCCACGCCCUCAACCAAAACGCCACUCUAUAGCCACAAAUAAUGCUCAGAACAGCACCUAACUUCAUCAACAGGACAUAUAGGGUCACAGACAUAGUACUAGACACCAAACAUCUUUUUAACUUUGACUCAUUUCAAAGAGACUAAACACAACUCACCUACUCUCUUCCAGCAGACGCUUGUUUGUAGAGAGACCUCAGGCCAGUCCAUUACAGACUACAGCGGGGUGCCGCAGCUCAAGGAAGAACAUUUAUGAUCAUUUCUUCAUGGAAAUACAAUCAGACUGAGAUGCUAAGACAGAAGAACUACCGCGUCUGUAAAAUGAUUAAUAUGGUGAUUAUUACUUCAAGGAAAUAAUUUAAAAAAUGAUCAUAAAUGUUCUUCCUUGAGCUGCGUCACCCCGCUGUAGUCUGUAAUGGACUGGCCUGAGGUCUCUCUAUAGAGUGGCGUUUUGGUUGAGGGCGUGGCUCUCUGUAUUUCUAUCAUGCGGUCGUUACUAAAGUUGGUUUAACUAGAGAAACAAGCGGUCGACAACAUUCAUCUCUGGGGGGGGGGGUCUAACUCGGGGUUAAGGUGGGUUUGACCUUAAAUUAAUUUUACGCAGGAAUAUCCCUUUAAAGGUGUUGGGGUUCAGAUGACCCCUCUUGGGAUUCGUUAACUGGUGGUUCUGUUGAAGUGGAACUAAAUCAACCCCGUCUCUGAAAGGACCCAGUUCACUCCAGCUCCCCGUUCUGAUCCUGUGGACCCUCUUUUCCCUCCUUUAUCCCCCUGAAUGCUUCACUGAGCAGACCUGUAUCCCUCAGGACUGAACCUGCAGACAUGCACCCCCCCCCCCUGCUCUCGCUCUGCCUCCCUGUCUUGGACCUGAUCCUGCUUUUGCUCUAAACUCUCCUCCCUGUUACUUCAGUAUUAAAACACACAGUUGCUGCUUCUGCUUCUUCUUCUUCUUCCCAGGCUGUUGAAACUCUCUGUGCUCUGCGCAUGAAAUCUUAUGACGUGUUUUUUUUUUCUUUUUCCUCCCCCUUCCUGCUUUUGUCAAUCUGUCACUCCUCUCUCUCUCUCUCUCUCUCUCUCUCUCUCUCUCUCUCUCUUUCUCUCUCUCUCUCUCUCUCUCUCUCUCUCUCUCUCUCUCUCUCUCUCUCUCUCUCUCUCUCUCUCUCUCUCUCUCUCUCUCUCUCUCUCUCUCUCUCUCCCCCUCUCUCUCUCUCUCUCUCCCCCUCCCUCGCUCCGUCUCGUGCGGCUCAGUCAUUGCUUGUUCCAGGGAAAAGUCCCAGUAAAUAUGGACGCCGAGGCAGUGCCAUAGGGAUAGGAACAAUAGAAGAGGUUCAUGUAUUUUUCUAUUUUUGUCUUUUGUGUUUUCUCUCCUGUUAUCCUUUUCUAAUGUUUACAGACCAGUUUGAAAAUGUACAUUUAAUCUCCCAGGUAACAAACACUGUAGAGCUAUUUGAAUAUUUAUCUGACAUGUUUCAGUCAUUCUUCUAAUACCCAAUUCAAAAUAAUCAUAAUGUAAAUAAUUUUGAGAGUUUUAGGGCUGUCAGUGUCAAACUGUUCAUCUUAGUCAAACUUAAGUCUUAAGUUUUUUCUUUUAAUUGUCCCUUUUGGCUCACCGUAGUGUAGCUACUGCAGUGUCGUCCUGCUUCAUGAGAAAAGUGUCUCCUAGCAUGUUUGAUCUGCAGUCUGUAACAUCAAAAAAAAGAUAGUUCAGUUGACAAUUUUAAAGAAAUCUGAUUUAGUGAUAUGAGCUGAGCGUACAGGAGCAGAUAAUCAGACCGAUGUCAGCGAGAAACCACCAAUCAGAAAAGGUGUUAGAGUUGGCAAAGCAGUACUGGUGAUGGUGUGAAUGACUCAAGACGAAGUAGAUGAAGUUUAAUCAAAGAGGGUUAGACAAACAGGUCAGUCAAAAUUAGAGAAGUCACAGGUUUACUUUAUCUUAGCAGGAAACACAGUUUGACCUGCAGGAAACAGAUAAAGCAUCAAAACAGUUCCUCCUGAAAAGUGCAUCAACUUCAUUCCCAAAUUAAAACCUGGUGAGAAUUUACAUUCAGUUAAAUUUAUAAAUAAAAAUGAUCAUUUAUAAUCAUUAAUAUUAUUAUUAUUAUUUUUAUUAUUUACAUUUGUUUAUAUUUACAUGCACAGUUAAAUCAGGCUCCUGUUAAAGCUCUAGUAGGCGGUUUCACUGUCUCUGUCUGUAGACUCCUGGGUCGACCCAGACCUGACAGAAAUAUGUCUGACUGUGUGACUGCAGGUGGAAACUCUUCUGUCUUAAAGAAUGUCAAAGCUUAAAAUAAGAAAACAAAAACUAAGAGUAAUGGAAUUGAACACAGUAAUCAUGAUUUUAUUGAUUAGUGAUUGGCGCCAUAACAUUUGAAACAAUCAUAGACGAGGAUGUGAAGCUGUGUAUUAAUCUCAUUGGAAACAUCUGAUCAAAGGUGUGAUUAACUGGGAUUAAUUAUUGAUAUUUAGAGAUCAGUUGCGAAUAAUCACAUCUUUAUUCUGAUGUUUUUCUCUUAUUGAUCAUGUAAAGCAGUUCUCACCAGUGUCUUAUUUUGGAAGUCAGCGCUCUUUCAGGAGGACCAAUCUGGUUGAUCCUGGUUUGUAAAAGUAAGAUAGUUUGACAGUCCUAAAUAUUUUCAAUUUGAUUAGUUUUUAUUUUUAAUUCGUGUUUUUUGUUAUAUUUCAAACUAAGAGCCUUUUGCAUUAAUUUCCCCUCAUUUCACUUUAAAAUGUGUUCACCAACACUGUUAGAAAAGGAAGUUACAAACACACUCCCACCUAUGUUCUUAUUUAUGAAUCAUAAUGAGGGCUGUGCACCAAACAUGGAAAAAGAUCAGCUCGACUUUGUCCUUUCAAAAUAAAAGCGUAUAGAGAAAUUAAAAUAUGUUGAAAAAUGAAAAUUCAUGAUUUAAAACUUGAAGCCCCUGGUGUGGAGGAUUAGUAAAACUGUCUCAUUCACAUAAUUCACCAUCACUUCAUUCUCCUGCCCAUAAUUCCUGCUGCUGCUCUUAUGAAACCAUCUCCAGUCUCUGCUGCGUCUCUGACUUUCCUCUCUCUGCUCGUUGUUAGUCGUUGAUCAUUCCCGGGAAAAGCCCGACCAGGAAAAAGUCCGGACCGUUCAGCUCGCGCCGCAGCAGCGCCAUUGGCAUCGAGAACAUCCAGGAGGUCCAAGAGAGGAGGUGAGAGGAGCGAGCGGAGCCCAUCAGCAGGGAGUGGGAAGUGAAGAGGGAAUAGUGUUGCAACAGAUGGAGGCUGGGACAUUAAAACAUGGACAUCAGCCAUGAGAAGAAGCCCUUGUUCUGAAACGCUUCUUUUUGUCAACACUAACAUUCAUAUGUGCAGAUUUUAAUGUCCGAACAGAUUUGAUACGAUCAAUAAUCUGCUGCCAGGCUGCUGAUUUUUACUACAAAAGAGGACAGAGGGCCGGAGGCAAAUAUGUGAAAAAGAGACAGAAAAAGACUUCACUGUCUGCAGAACGGUUUAUGAAUGAAGACAUCCCAGCUGGUGUCAAAAUAAAACUUUAACAUGGAGGAGGAGUUUAGAUAAGAAGGAACAAAGAUAUAUAGAUUAUCACUCGAUGGCUCACGCACGCUGUUAGCCAAUGAAGACUGAAGGUCAACUUUGUAAUAUGUACUUGGUCUCACUCACUGUUAGCCAAGUUAGACAGCUGAUAAACACGAACACAUCCACAAAGACUGACACUUAGACUAAAAAUAAAAAAUAGUCUGUAAUUCAAGAAAUUAAAUCUGGAUUGUGGCCUCAGUCUUGGCGACUCAGAUUUAGCCCUUGCGUGCACAAAUCUGUAAAUCUGUUUUUUAAAUUAUUUGUAAAUCUGUCAAGAUUUCAGCGAGUUCAGAGUAUUUUUGAUCACGUAGAUUACUCACCUCCCGUCAGCUACCAUAGAGCGGACCAGAAUGGAAUACUGGAGUAACUUUUCUAAUAGAUAUCUAUGAGAUAGAACACCUGUGGAUUUACAACAUUAACACGUCUAAGCAAAAGAAUAAUUAAUCAAUGAUUAAAGAUCAAUACAGGUACAAAGAGGAGAAAGCAGCAAAGAGAGAACAUGAGACAAAAGUCCAGAUUUAGAAGAUCUCACUUUUAACAUCAUUUAAAGCUCCUGUGAGGAAGUUUGAUUCUGUGUUGACUCUGGCGCCCCCUGUGGACAAAGUGGUUACUGUAAUAUCUCACUGUAGCAUCUGCAGUCAGAAACGAACCGUGAGCGGGUAUCAUGAAAAAAAGAGUAAAUUAAAAUGAAUGUUUCCUGCUGUCAAUCAUGUGGUCUGACACCUCCGUCCUCACAGCUGUUUCAGGUUUUAUAAAUAACCUCAGAGAAAUCAUCACUCAUGUUUCUGACAGUCCUGUUUGUUUCUGAAGGUCAUUAAGAGGUGUCAGCUCUAAAAAAAAAAACUCCUCACUGUUCCUUUAAUGUUAAAAAAAGACCCUCUGUUUUCAAAAGCGAUGUAUUUCAUGUUCGGGUCUAUAAUAGGAGUAACUGAUAAAGUAUCUGCCGUCUGCAGCUGCUGUAAUCGCCACUAAAGUCUUUUUCUGCGGGUAAUUAAAUCUCUGCAGCCUCUGGAGGACAGCAGGACACGUAUGUUGAUAAAUGCACAGACCCUGAUUAAAUGUGCACCAGCAUGCAGUGGCAUUUAGCUCUGGCCUCCUCUGUUCCCUGAUUAAAUCACAUGCAAAUUACAACAGGCGGCUGCAAAACAAUCUCACUUAACUUUAAAUACACCAGAGCAGACAGACAGACAGACAGACAGACAGACAGACAGACAGACAGGGAGAGGGCUGAGCUUUCUGCUGUGGAAAAACAGACGUCUGUAAAAGAUGAGAGUCAUUCAGUUUCUGUUUCAGGAGGUAAAAGUCUGAAAUAUAUAAUUAUGUCUCUAUUCUGGGAUUUAAGUUCAGGUCAGAUUAGAGAUGCAGCGGCGUCACUGUAAUAAUGAGAAAAUGUCACUAACAGAUAAACAGCAGUGUUUCACCUGAUGUUAACUCAGUAUUGAACUUUUUUUUUUUUUAACCAUCUUUAAAUUUUUAUUUUUCUCUCCGCCCUGAAGUCGUGAGGUGUCACCGAGCACCCAGAGGACGCCGGACAGCUCCUUCUUUUCACAGGAGAACAGAUCCGAUAACUCGUCCAAUCACAGCUCUCCAGAGUUCGCCGCAACCAAGAACAGGUGAGCGUUAUUCUAAUACAUUUUACACCUGCGCUCUAUUCAGACCAGUGACGAGUUAUUUAUGGAGAUGGAGGGUCAGAGCAAAUUUAUCUAAAUACAGAUUAAAAACGGCGUGAGGCAAACAAAGUGAACAGAGACGUGAGAGAUGGAGAUGACUGCAGAGAAAACGAUGAUUUUUACUUUGAUCAGAAAAUGAUUUAUAAGGAUCCUGGUAAUCAAAGUGAAAUAUUGAACUUUAUUAUAUUAUAAGACCAAUUGUGGGUCAGAGUGACCCAGGUGUGUAGUAUGGCCAUGUGUUGCAGGGCGCCGUCCAUCCCCGAGGCUCAGGACCUUUCCCGCUCAUCCUCCAACGCCAGCAGCUUCGCCAGCGUGGUGGAGGAGAACGAAGGGGAGGAGGAGUACGAGACCGGACUGGUGGGUGAACACGAGCAAACGCUGACUGAUUCUUUAUUUUUACAGAUUCAUAUAAACUUCACAACCUUCAUGACUUUAUAAGACACCAAAAGUCCAGGUCGAGAUGUCAAAAUACGUCUUUAAAUACCGUUUAGUUUCAAAAUGAAGGGACUUUAUUUUAGCAGAGCUGAACAUUUUCUUCUCUGCACCAAAUGUUUUCUCACUGAAGCACAAUCCAAACUCUCAAAGGAAACCUCAAAUAAAAACACAGUUGGACAAAAAAAAAAAUCACACCUCAUGUUUUAUCAAACCCCCAAAAUCAACCUUCACAAACUCCAGGAGCUCUGACCCUGAAAUUCACCAGACCUUUCUGUCCAGACGUAGAUCCACGCAGCCUGAGGACUUUCCGGGUCCUUACUCUAAAGUUAUCUCUGUUUCCGAGACAGAACAUCAGCGUUUGAUCGACAUGAGCGCCGUCUGCCCUCACUCCUACAGCGGCUUCUUGUUGGGAAUCUUUCCUGCUGCGUUCUCUCAGGAUCUCGCCCAGACUUAGACCAGGUUUCUGUGGCGUGGCGUUAACCCUGUUGCUCUUAAAUUGACCUGAAUUCAUCUCAGUGUCCCUGACUGAAGCUCUGCACGGAGAUUUCAAGUUCAGAUGAGGUCCCACAUCGUCGCUUUUGUUUGUGCGACAGCAGCUCCUGUCGUUUGAGCUCCUGCUGUAUAUCAACACAAACAUUUCCUUUUCAUACAAGUGGAACGAUAACACAAAAUAAAGGUGCAGACCUCAAAACAAAAGCAAACCGACGGCUUCUCACAGCUGAUUCCAUGAACACGUCAUCUGUGGAAAUCCACUCGUGGUUUUGUGUGACCUGAACAAUCCCAACAGAGGAUGUGUGAACGUUUGAUGGAUUGCGCCGCAUCUUAGAAAUGACAGGUCUGAAAAUGUAGAGAAAAGUCAUACAUAUUAAUGUGUUUAUCCACUUCUUUUACUUUUACCACUCUGCAUCUUAAAGAGGAAAAAUGUAAAUAGAUCUGCUGUGGAGAUGUUGGCUUCAUGAUACACCGAACGUCUUUUCUUCUUCUUCUUCUUCCCACAGGAGAGCGUGUCUUGUGUUACUCCCAUCAAGAAAGACUCUUUUGUGUACAGCUCUGCGUCGGAGGACAACACAAACCAGGAACAUUUUCCAGGUGAGUUUCCAAGAAAACAAAAGGUUCAUAUUACCGAUCGCCUAAAGGUGUGAGACACUAAAGGUCGACGGUUUCACAUUUCUGUAGUUUCUGGGGGAAGUCCAGAGGAGAGAGAUGUAAAAAUAACACCCUCAAGUUUGAACAUGUUCGGGUCUAUGAGUGUGUGAAAACAUGAACAUAGACUGGUUUUAUUUCAGGCCUUAAAUAAGAUGUGAAAGUUUUCAGAAACUUCUUCAAACAUUUUUUUAAAGGGUUAAAUAAAUCAAGUUUACGAUGCCGAGAAAAACUUAUCUGUGAUUCCCACACAACUUCUGUUUCUCCACAAAUUCAGUGUUUUUCUCAUAAUGACUCACUCCCGAACAUUAAUCUUCUGCAUGCUUAUCCUUCUUUUGGCAAGAACAGCUGGCAGCAUUAUAUGUUUGAGUUUAUUCGCCAUGACAGCCUCACAUCUGUCACCUCCUUCACAGCUCCUCCUCCUCCUCCUCCUCAUCAUCAUCAUCAGCAGCAGCAGCAGCAGCAGCAGCAGCAGCAAAGUGACGCGGCGAAGACAUCGGAGCCAAAGGGGACAGACGGCCAGGCCAAGACGGAGCGCCCCCCGCAGGAGCACAAGUUCUCAUCGGUGAGGCAAACGGCGUGCUAUCAAUCAUCAGGUGACACCUCCACGUGUUAGGAGGUCACGGGGACAAACGCUCCCUCUAGUUAAUCCUGUAAGUGAUUAACUGGGCUGACAUCACUUCCUGUUUAGAGGUUAUCCUGAAGUUUAGAGUCUGUUACCCCGAGUCCUCCGUUCACUUUGAGCGACGACUUCAGCUCAUCGACUCGAACGUCUCCACGUCCUUCAGUGAGACUUUGUCUGUUCACUGGAGCAUCAUGGGAAAUCGUACAUUUUAGAAGUCAUACAAACUUUUGGUCAGUCUAUAAAGACUCACUCAGGUCGUUUACAGUCUCAGUUUAAUCAGACUAAACUCAUAAUUCGUCUUUCUCUCUGAAUCAGACUUCUCUCCUCGUCCUCGUUUACAUGCAGCUGAGAAAACUGAAUUAUUGACGUGAACGUGUCCUCCUCCCCAACACUAGGGGGCGAUAUGGGUCUUUUCAGCGGCGCUGUUUCUGACCCCAUCCAACCGUCAAUGGAGCAUCGUACAGCGUUGUUUUUGUCCGACAUGAUGGACGCGCUACUUUUUCUAAAGAUGAGACCAACGCUACUCCUCUACUCUACCUCUAGUUUUUGUUACGGGGGCGUGGCCCACACACACACGCAUUGUCCGAUCAUACUCCGACUACACUGGUUACAUGGUAGAGAAAAUCGAAUUCCAAUCUCAUUAUCUGGGUGUCUUAAUCGGAGUUCUCCGAUUAUAGUCAGACUAAGGUGUUUACAUGACCUUCAGCUGUCCGGUCUUAAUCGGAGUAAGGCGAUAAUUCGGUUUUCUCAAGCGUCAUGGAAACAGACUGACUGAGGUGGACCAUUAGCCUCCUGGCUAACAGCGUAAAAAACCCACCUGAGCCGGUCCAUGACCUCCAGACCAUGACCCUGAGUCUUAAACUCUGAGUCAUAGUCCAGAUCUUGAGUUUUUGUGCUUGAAACGAACAGUUUGGUGAAAAAAAGGUCAUUUUAUCAUCCUGGACUUUAAGACACAGGGGGUCAGUCUUUGGCGAGGGGCUAUCUGAGUUUAAAAAAACUCUGUCCUGUGAAAAAUGAGCGGUCUACCUCCAGUUUUUCACUCUUUGUUGUAUUUUCACUCACAGUCACGGUGGGCCGUGUGUUAACAUCAAUAAUAAUGACUUUCACUUAUUGAUAAACGAACUAUAAGAACAUUAGUCAUCGUUUUGUUCCCAGGCUGAAAACACGGUUAGUAAAUCACAUCUGAACGGCGGUCUUAAUGGCGUUUACUCAAAAGAAAGUCACUGUGAAAGUUACAGGAUUAAUCUUUUGAGGAUCAUUAAAUUUAGGAUGAAAUGAAAAAUGAAAUUAAACGUUAAUUUUUCUAAAAGUGGUCGAGGAAUUACGGUCUAAUGUGAAGAGAGGGAUGGACGGAUAAAACUGGUGUGUGUUGAGAUCCAAGAGACGUAGAUUUAGAUAACAUAGAUGAUGAAGACUGCUGUUAACUAAUGAUGUUGUAAUCAGAUGAUAGAUGUAAGAAAGUUUGAAAGUGCGCUCAGAAGUUUUCUUCUUAGAAAUAAUAACAGCAGGUCGUCAAGUUUCAGAGUCUGUGCAGCUUUUUCACGUUCGAUCUCAUCGUCUCUCUUUGUUUGUUUGUUUGCAGAACUGUUAG